GUUCUGUAGCAACUCGCCGAUCGGGCGCAGCCAAUCACAGGGCGCUGGGGGGCGGGGCUGCUUCGCGCCCCUCCCUCGCCUUCUCCAGCUUUGCCAGAGCAGGCUGGCCCCUCCCCCUUAGCUCCGGGACCGGACGGGCGAGCGAGGCUGCUGGGGGACAGAGCGCUGUGAGGAUCGGGCGGCUCCGUCCGUUCGCUGUUACCCACCCGCAGGUCAGUGCCCCCCCUCCCCCCCGGCUGUGUGAGGGAGUCCGAGCGGUUACCCCCCGGCUAACCCCUGCCCCCUAGUGGGGGCAUUUCAUAAAUACCCCGAGCUGCCCCUCAGUCACGGCGUGCUGGGUAACUCCCCGGGCGGGUUAUCGAGGGGGCAUUCCCGGGCUGUGUGAGGGCUGCCCCGGCCGGGGUAGGGGAGCCGGGCUCAGUCACCGCAUUGUUUGCUGACACUCUCUCUCGAAUGGCGGGGCAAAUAACGGCCGCCUGGGCGGGGUAAUACCCUCCUCGGGGGCAGCUAGGGUAAUGGAGGUAAAUCAGCUCACAGCAGCCGCCAGCGGGCUCACAAAGCUGCCCCUUACCCCCGCCCGAGGCCCUCUUACCCCAGGCCCCGCCCCUCGGGCUCCCAGGAUGGGGGAGGGGAGACAGUCUGGCUCGGGGCCCAGGCAGCCACUGCCGAGCCCUGCACUCCACCUCCCCGGACCGUGACUGCCAUCACCCUCAGCCUGCUUAAUGGAGUCAACUGACAGUUCCCAUCACGCUCAGCCAGUCGCCAUUUUUGUUUAUCAGCCUAUUAAAACGGAUCCCAUCACGCUCAGCCAUCUAUCUGCUUUAUCCAGCCUUAAAUAACUGAUCCCAUCACCCUCAGCCAGCCAUCUAUCUGGUUUAUCCAGCCUUAAAUAACUGAUCCCAUCACCCUCAGCCAGCCAUCUAUCUGGUUUAUCCAGCCUUAAAUAACUGAUCCCAUCACCCUCAGCCAGCCAUCUAUCUGGUUUAUCCAGCCUUAACUGAUCCCAUCACCCUCAGCCAGCCAUCUAUCUGGUUUAUCCAGCCUUAACUGAUCCCAUCACCCUCAGCCAGCCAUCUAUCUGGUUUAUCCAGCCUUAACUGAUCCCAUCACCCUCAGCCAGCCAUCUAAUCUGGUUUAUCCAGCCUUAACUGAUCCCAUCACGCUCAGCCUUUUCAUUUUGUUAAUCCAGCCUUAAAUCCUGUUCCCAUCAUGCUUAGCCAGCCAAAAGGCUGUGAACCCUGGUUUCCCAUCAUGCUCAGCCAGCCAUAAGGUUGUAAACCAUUAUUCCUAUCAUGCUCAGUCAGCCAACAAAGGCCUGCUUAACGCCUUCCAGUAGGCCCAGCCAGUCACAAAUGUUGUGGACUACGUUCGCCUUAUCUAAACGUGUUCUGGGUUAUAUUUCCCAGCUACCCUAUUGUCGACCUGGUCUGCGUCAACCCGCCUGUUUGCGAAUCAUGGGAAAUGUAGUUCACAGCUGCUCUCAUGCCAAACGUUAGCCACCUCUAGUCUAUGGCACUACUAAUUUGUAUUGGUCUUUCUGCUCCAUGGCCCGAUUUUAAUGUCGGCCGGCCUGCAGCCCCGACAAGGCUCUGCUGUGAGUAAAUAUCUGUAUUUACAAAGAGGGGGUCUGUGUGUCCACAUGUAGACUGCAAAGUCCUGUGUGCAUUGUUUGGAAAAUGUAUCUGAACGUUUUGUGGUUAAUACAGCAAUAUGGAUGAAUGUUAUUUUGUUUUCCUGCAUUUUAUGGGAGGCUAGAAUUAUUUAUGGCAUAGUAACGUUGACAUAGUUGAACCUCUCUGUUUAUGUAACUAUUUCUCAUGGGUACCUUGUGUUAUUUUUUUAUAGUAUGUAGGGAGGAAGCACUGGUUGUGGGAGGCUGGCUAUAGAAAGGCAGUCAUGGCUGUGAGGUUGAUAGUGGGAGGGCUCAGAGGUUUGUAUUUCCCUGCAAUACAAUCUUUGGCCAUUGGGAUUUCUCUUGCGGUCUGUACCCCACACGCAGUGUAUAGGAGCACAUGGGAUUGUCCUUUGCAGCAUUUGUGACAGCUUAGAAGACCAGCUUUAUUACCCUGGGCAAAUGUUUGUGGCACUUGUUGUUUUAAAAAAAAAAAAAAGAGAAUUUAAUAAACAUCUUGUGCAGUAGGGUAUUUGAGAGCUUAAUUAUGUUAUUUAAAAAUGUUUUUUUGGCAAUUCAUCUAUUGGAUGGUGUCUUUGCCAGUUUUAUAUGUGUAACUGUUAAGUCUUAUUGUGGAAUGUUUAGCUUAUAUUGUAAUUAGUAAUAGUAAGACUAUUACAUGGCUAUCAGCCGUUGUGCUGCAAAACUUACAUUUAUAAUAUCUUUGCAUUCAAACUCUGACUCAUGAUGGUUGGCCUGGUAAUGGUUAACUCUAUGUAUAUUCUCAAUGGCAUCUGCAUAACUAUCAGGCUAAAAUGGUCUGUUCCACAUAUUGGGGGAAUUUAUCAAGGCAACAGAAUUGCUUUAUCCGUAAAAAUAAUUAGGAACAAUUAAUGUAGAAAACCAUAGACAGUCUCACCAUUUAGCUCUUUGCAUUUAUUUUGCUUUGGUACAUUAACAUCGGAGAGUCCACCUUAUUUAUGUAAAAUAUAUAUAUAUAUAUAUAUAUAUAUAUAUAUAUAUAUAUAAUACAAAACAAAGUACAAGAAGUGUAACAUCUUUUGAUUCCUUGUAUGUGAUAUAUACUCAUUAAAUCUUAAUACUUGCCUACAUGUAUCUUAUACAUUUAAUAUCAAUCAUUUUCACAGUGGAAUAAGCACAUGGUUUUGUUAUCUCACUCAAAAUGGCAAAGUCAAUCUAUUUUAUGAUGACAAAUUCAUUUCAAUUUAUUUUUUUUCUAGCAGGGCCAAAGACACACAGUUGUAGAAAUCAGUCUUUGAUGCAUUAUUUCUGGUCUUUGUUAUAUGGUUUAAAAAGGAUACUCAAUGGUGAAUAGGUCAUGCUCCUGCAGUGUCAUUGCAGGAGUUAAAUCACUUUGUUUAUAUAGCCCUAGUCACACCUCCCUGCAUGUGACUUGCACAGAAGUCCUAAACUUUUCCAGAAAAGGAACCUAGGUGUUCUAGGUUCCUUUACUGCACAGUCUGUUUAAUCUAGAAUUUCUUAUCGCCUGCUCUGUUAAGUCUUCUAGAGUUUAAUAUUUGAAAAUGAACUUUUUUUUUUUUUUUUUUUUAAUGCAGGCUGUCAGUCACAGCCAGUGAAGGUGUGGCUAGGGCUGCAAAACAAGUGACUUAACUCCUAAAUGGCAGAGAAUUGAGCAGGGAAACAUAAUCUAUACACAACUGCUUUAUUAAGCUAAAGUUGUUUUGAUGCAUGUAGCACUCCUUUAAGGCUGUAGGCUCUAGCAAGCAUUUAACAUUGCAAGAGAUAAGAACUUCUAAAUUUAAACUUUUGGCAAACGGGGAAGCUGAAAGAAACCAUCCAGACACCAUAACGGCUUUAUCAGAAUAUAGUUAUGGUGCUCGGUGUUUCCUGGCGCAGGUUUUUCUUUUAGGGGUUAAACAACUCGUUAAUGUAUAACCCCUAAAAGGAAUUAGGUGUCAAGGACCUCCUAACACAAAAACAACUUUAUUCUAGUAAAGGAGCACUCAAAUGUUAGAAAUGCAAACACAUGCUCCUAAAGCUAAUUUUUUCAAACCUAUUUUGAUUUAUUGUCCCCUUUACGUUAAAGAUAACCUGUCAUGCCCGAAACUACCUGUAAUGGACCGUUUUGCACACAAGAAGUUAAAAACCGUUUAGGCGAUAUUCCCUUUUCUCAGCUGCACAGACAGCUACCAAUCUCCCGAACUGCAAACCCACAAAUUCACCAACUCCCGAACUGCAACCAAGGGAAUACUCGAAACUCCCGAACUGGAGACCCAUGAAUUGCUGCUAGCAGACGAACCGGAAAAGCCCCCAAGCGGCUUACACGCCUGGCAAUCAGUCUCUAACAGCAUACAGUAAAUCCCCCCCCAAAGAUGAGACGACACUUCGUUUUGAGGGUCAAGCAGGAUCUGGUUUACUGGGGCUAACUGCCUGGCUUUUAUGCAGGUCUCCCACCUGGUGGACACUUCCCUAGGGGACCAAAUGGGAGACUGUAACAAAGGACAGACAAGUAUCAAUUUAGGACACACAGUCACAUUAUAUUCCCACAAUGCAUCCUGGCUUCCUCCCCUCUGCCCUGGAGAUAAUUGGAAAGUAAUUCAAUUAUCUCCCAGGACAAAUCGCCAUUAUGCACGUGGGGAUACUAAAAUAGGAAUUACUGUUAAAAUACACUAUGUGACACAAGUUACAAUGAAUAUAUACAUUCGACAUGUCCCCAGAUAGCUCAGGUCUGAGCGCACAUUAUUAAGCGGAUGGCGCUCAGACUACACGAAUACAGUUUAAUCGCCAUGGAGCCAAAGUCUUCACAAAGUCAGUUCUCAUACGAAUGAGCUCCAUGGGAUUCCUAUGUGGGGUAUAGUGCAGUCAGGUACGACUACCGAAUACAAGGCCGUUUGUGCACUUCCACUGAACAAGAAGGGAGGUUGGCGGCUUCAGCGGUGUUCGUGCCAAACCGUGUCCGUUUUUAGUUCCAUGAGUUAGGCGUCGAACACCGCUGUGCGUUCGCGUGUUUAAAAUGGCCGCGACCUCAUGUUCGGUAUACGAAUGGCGGCCACCCAGUACUCGUCAAUUAAGCUGCGGUUAACCGCAGCUUCUGGGAGGCUAAUUGCCGACACACUCCAGCUCCCAGGUGGUCCCUCGUUCGGUAGUUUGUUCGGUAGAUGGAAUAUACCGAACACCCUGACAGAAAGGCACGAAUAAACCUUUCAGCAAGGAAAAUAACAGGUAUGAACUGCAGGGCCAUAGUCUAAAGGGAGCAGGCGAGCAACCAGGCUUCUCCAGUGCAUAGUGGCGAGGUUGGUUCUGCCACGCUACCUUUUGCUCUUUUUAAGGAACAAUAAAUACCAUCUAUACAUUGUGCUAAUAGUUUUGAUUGCAAAUGUAUAAUUUGGGAGACAAACCUAUCAUUUAAGUUAUGAAGAUUUACUUGUAGUCCUCCAGUAUGCUGCUUGUCCAGUCCACAUAUGGAAGCAUCUGGUGGGCAAUCACUGCACCACUCCCAUCAGCAUCUCCUUAUAGAGUUGCAUUGGCUCAAAGUAUCUUUAUGGGGAACGUUACGAUUUUCAUGCAGACGGUGACAACACUGAACAUUGACCCUGCAAAGAUUGUAGGUCUGCUCCAGGAAAACCUCCCCGUGAGCAGUUUCAGCGACAGCCACUAUUAGUUGCCUUAGAAUGCAAGUAAUCAUUGUCUUUUUCUAAAAAAAACAAACAAAACUGUUAAUAUCGUUAAGACUGCAAGGACCAAACCAACUUUAGCUUAAUCAAGCCAUUUUAGUGUACUGAUCUGAAAUUAAAACAAGGUGAAAUAGAGGGAUAAAAAUAAAACCUGCAAAGUGAUAAUGUCUCCUGUAGGAGCCUAUUCAAAACUGGAUUGGCACACUCAUACUUUUUGGCAGCUCUAUACAUUUUCACAAAAAAUUAACUAAGUGAAACCUUCUGUUUUGGCGUAGAGUAUACAGGGUCAUAUUUGUGAUGUGACCAUAGAGCAGCAAUUGAUGCUUAAGGGUGAAAUUAACUAUAGCUAGAUUUUUGCACGUAGCUUUAUUUAACAAAAUGAGUAUAUCUUCAUAGGAGAUAAUUCAGGAUUUGCGAUAUGCCAGUUAAUAUGGGAAAAUAGGUCCGGGCGCAGAGAAUUAAUGCCCAUGAUCUACAAGGGAAUAGACUGUUUCUGUGUUCUUUGCAAAGACACAAUUUCUGUUUGCGCACUGCAUCUUUAAGUGAUAUGCUAUAGCAUGCUCCUGAGCUGUUAAUGAAGAUGUCGUACAGGGAGAAGAGCUGUCUCUGCAACUGGAUCAUACAGAUACAUGCUCUGUGCUGGACCAGAUAGAAUGCUGCAUCUCCUGAUCUUGGCAACUUCCUCACUGCCGACACAAGCGCAUGCACAAGAAUAGGGUACUGUACUGCCAUCUAGGGGUUAAACAUUAUUCCAAAUGUUGCUCUGUGUGCAAUGCAUAAACUGCUGUUGCUUCAUGUUACUGAAGCAAGAUAUCCACAAGAUGAAAUAAGCUGAAAGUACAAACUAUGCAGAACAGACUCUUUGGCACUAUAGUAUAGUGCCAAAAAGUUUGUACUUUCAGCUUAUUUAACACAAUAUAAACAAUUUUCUCUAAUGAAAUUCUUGAGCAUCUUCCAUCUGGUUUUUCACCCCUAUAUUCUAUCAAGACUAGCAUAACCGAUAUGGAUAGAGUGAAAUUAUUUAACUAGUAAUGGCACAUUUUGCUUUCUCUAAUCUACAAGUACAUCCUAGGGUUAGGAAGAUUAUACCCAAUUUAAAGGAACUCGAUAGCCGUAGGAAUAAAAUUGUGCAUUCCUAAACCACAUGUUCUUGUCACAUUCUCCUCCCCUCCCCCCCCCAAGGGUUAAUAGUUAAUUUACCUUAACUCCCACUCUACGCUGGACCUGCCUCUUUGCUGAGAUCAUUAAUCUUGGUGAUCUCAGUCAAUCCAAUGCUUUCCUGUUUUUUUUGCGCAUGUGCAACAAACCACUGCGCUUUGCUAAUCAGAUGGUACCUAGUGGCUGACUGAGUGAUUUAUUUAAACCCUGCAAUGAAAGAAUUUACUUUCCUGUAGAAAAACAAAAUAUUUUCACUUGCAGGGUUAAAACUAGAGGGGGAUGAACUGGUCUGGGUGCCUAUAAAGUGCAUUUAAAAUAAUACCAUAUGCACCAAAAUAACUUUUGCUUAAAGAAUACCUUUUGGUGUUUGGAUAAGGGCCCUGUACUCACUACUCCAUUGUCUGCCAUUUUGAAGUUAAAUCACUUUGUUUUUGUAGCCACUCCUCAUCUGUCUGCGACUCUGUGUCCAUGAAAAAAGGUUUUGUUUUUACAGCAUAGUGUUUUAACUCUUGCUCUGUUAAUUGACGUUGAAUCACACACAGAAAGCUGUUUUAGACACCAAUAGGCAAUAAACAGAACAGAUAUUAAAUUCUAAAUUAAACACAUCGUGCAAUAAGGGAAGUUUUGAAAAAAAAGUAGGCUAGUUUUCAGUUAGUGCAUAGAGGCUGUGUGAGUCACAGCCUAAGGUGGUGUGGGUAGGGCUGCGUAAACAAAAUUAAUUUAAAGGAGAACUAUAGGGUCAUGAACACAAACUAUAUUCUUACCCUAUAGUGUUAACCCCCUAAGGACUGAGCCAAAUGUACAUGUUUUGAUAUAAAAAAAAGUAAACAAAACCUGGAAUUUGACUAAAUGUCUGUUCAACCAUAAUUCACCUUUCAUAUUAUGUGCACCCACACUUAUAUCAUGUUGUUCAGGAGAAACAGGGCUUUCAUUUAACAUCAAACAUUUACCUAUGAAACAUAAUUUAUAAUAUGAAUAAAAUAUUAAAAAAAGUGAAGUUAAGAAAUUUUUUUUAGUUCUGCAUGACAUUUUAACUGAAUAGCAUAAUACUGUUAGCUUUUACUGCAAUAAAAUACACAUUUGUAUUCAGCGUUGUCUCAUUUGUAAAACACUACCCCCUAUGUACAGGUUUUAUGGUGUUUUGGGAAGUUACAGGGUCAAAUAUAGCAUGUUACAUUUUUCAGUUUUUUCACAUUGAAAUUUGACAGAUUCGUUAUGUUGCCUUUGAGACCAUAUGGUAGCCCAUGAAAGAGAAUUAACCCCAUGAGGGCAUACCAUUUGCAAUAGUAGACAACCCAAGGUUUUGCAAAUGGGUUAUGGCCAGUCUUUUUUAGUAGCCACUUAGUCACAAACUGCUAUUCCAUCCAUGUGACCUGACCGUGAGGUCCUCGCGACCACAUGGCCCAGGAGGGCCAGAUCAGACGCAGGGGGACUCCCUGGGAUGUCAGCUAAGUAACCCCCCCUUCGCGAUUGCCAGCGAGCAGGUAAAUGGGAAGGACAGCGUGGACGUACAAUGCCGCCUGCCGACGUUUAGAGCUGGGUCCCAAUGGACGGCAUAGCCACUGUUCUUAAGGGGUUAAAACCACCAUCUGGCCCCUCUUGCCUCCCUAAAUAAAGUCUAACUUGUAUUCAAGCCUGAAGCUGCUGGCUCUGCCCCUGUCUCUCUCAGAAUAGCAAGCUGUCUGCUGACAUCAUCAGAAGUGUUGUUCUGAGCCACUCACAAUCCUUACACAAAGGAUUGGCUGGUACUGUGAAGGAGGCAGAUCAGGGGCAGAGCCAGCACAAGUCAAACACAGCCCUGGUCAAACAGCAUCUCCUCAUAGAGAUGAAUUGAAUCAAUGAAUCUCUGAGGAAAGUUCAGUGUCUGCAUGCAGAGGGAGGAGAUACUGAUAUGUUGUGAUGCACACUAGGCAAGACUGAGAUAGGAAGCAGCUCUAGCAGCCAUCUGAGGAGUGGCCAGUAAAGUCAUCAGUAGGCUGGUAUGUAAACACUGUAGUUUCUCGGAAAAGACUUAUGUUAUGAACCUCGACAUGGUGAAAGGCUGAGUUGGCAUACCCUACUGGUUAUCUGCAUAUUUUGUUAAAUGGCUAUUCAUGACCCCUUUCUUAUCCAAUAAUUUCUUCUGUUUCCCUGCAAUAUUUAUGUAGCCCAUUUCAGAUGACAACUUGCUAUGUAUGGAAACGUUUUGUAAAACAGUGCUGUACAAAUUAAUAAUUACAUAGUUACAUAGCUGAAAAGAGACUUGCGUCCAUCAAGUUCAGCCUUCCUCACAUUUGUUUUUUUGCUGUUGAUCCAAAAGAAGGCCAAAAAAGAAAAAAAUAAUUUUUUUUAUUAUUUAUGGAGUACUUGUUUGCUGUCCAGUGCAAAUACAUCCAACAGGGGAAUAAAAGUAUAGACAUUUCACAACAAAGUAUGAACGGGACACUGCGUGCAUGGGGUUAGUGUUCUCCAGUAUUUUGCAUGGGGUAGUUUCUCUGAAUGUGUCCUGUGGUAUCUGGUACCAAGACAUUAGCAGCAGAUCUUUUAAGGCCUGCAAGUUGCGAAGUGGGGAUCAGAUCUGUUUUUUUCAGCACAUCCCACAUAUGCUCAAUUGGAUUGUGGGCUGAGAAAGGUCCAGUUCUGACGUUCACAUCCCCAUUGAGGGUGCUUUUGGUUGUGAACAGGGGUCACCAUGGGCACUCAGAUCAGUCUGUGGCUACGCAGCAGACUGAAAGGCACUGCCGGCAUUAAAGGGGCCCUCCAGACCCCUAAAGCACUUUAGCUUGCUGAAAAGCUUUGUGUGAAGCAUGUGUGUCUAUUGCAAAAAGUGCAGAUUUCAAUAGAACUGACAGUUUUGUUACACCGGUCUGGCUUUCAAGUAGACAAGCGGUCCUGUUACUUCCUAGUUGUUUAGCUCAGUGGACCUAAACUCAAGAAGAAGCAAUUGCUCAGAUCACCUACCUGGCAGAGACUUCUCAUUGAGAUACAUUGCAAUUUCUGUGAUUGGACAUACAGAAAGUCUGGGUGGGGUUAGAAGGGGGAGACUUUGCAAAGGCAGCAGACAAGAGAACUGCAGGAUUUGCAAGCUGUUUAGAUAUACUAAACUUACUGUUUUGGAGAUGCUGUGUCCCAGUCGUCUAGCCAUCACUAUUUGGCUCUUGUCAAAGUCACUCUGCUCUUUUCACUUACCCAUUUUUUGCUUCCCACACAUGAAAUUCAAGAACUGACUGUUCACUUGCUGCCUAAUAUAUCACACCCCUUGAUCAGUGCCAUUGUAAAAAUACAAUCAAUAAAACCUCCAGAUUAGCCUUUCUAACCCAGGAAAAUUUUUGAGGUUAUUUUAGCUUGUACUUUUAAACUCAACUGUAGAAGGAUUACGGAAUUAAUAAUACCUGAUUAGCAUUCUUAGUAAGACUUGAUUUUUUUUUUUCUGUAUAUAUAUUUUUUUAAUAUAUUCAAAAUACAGAGUUGGACCAGAUCUCAGGAGUAGGGUAGGGUUGGCCUUAACAUUGUUGGUGCUGGUGCAAGUGCUGCAACAACUAUUCAAUAUAAUAGAUUUUGAUUGCCAGCAAAUCUCAUUAUCAAUUAGUUGGCCUGCGCGGCCGAUUUCUUAGUGUUGCAAGCAAUGCAAAACUGUAUUCUUAGCUCUAUAGGAAUUCUGGUCUUCCCCCUUUGCGAUGUGAAGAGUUAAAAUAAAAAGGAAAAAAUUAAAAAAUACUUAUCUGAUUCCAGUGCGUAUGUAUCUCCGCACUGGGACAGGUUUCCUUCCACCGAUGUUGGCCAGUGCGGGGGACCUCAAUGCUUUCAUAUGGGCAUUUUGAAGACGCUGAACAAGUUUGUGCAAAGAUUGAGGAUGUCCAGCUUUGUUUCACAGACUUUAGCUACAUGAAACUGGAGGAAGCCCCUAUAGUGGCUAUCUUAACCCUGCAAUGCUUUAUAUUGCAGGGUUAAGGGAACAGGUACACUGCACCCAGACCACUUCAAUGAGAUGAAGUGGUCUGGGUUGCCUACAAGGUCCCUUAAAUUUUUAAUAUGUAGUUUAGCGGGUGUAUACAUAUACCAUAUAGUAGUACAUAAAAUUAGCAGCUGUUUUACAUGCAUAAUGGCCCAGUGGGUGCUUAAGGUGGACGUCUAAUGGCUGCAGACCAGAGCCUUGAAGGGAAGCCACAGUGCCAGGAAAACUGUUAUUUUCCUGGCACUAGAUCUCCCUAUAGUGCCCCCUCACCCUUCCAAGUCAUCUAAAGACCUGGAUUUCCUUUACUGUGUCUAUGUGUAUAUAAGCUACUCCCUCAGGGAAAUAAGCACAAUCUAGAACAGGGGUAGGCAACCUUUUAGCAGCACUGUGCCAAAAUAGGAUUCUGAUGUCCUGUAGCAUGCUGGUCUUUUAUUUAUUUUUUUAAUUGAGGUAUGUUUGUUGCCGUAUUCUGCUUGUUAUUUAUACUGUAGUAGUGUAUACCAAUGAAUAUUUAUUUUGUGUUACAGGGUGUGUGUGCAAAAACUUACUUUCAUUUGUACUUGUGCAUAGAGAUCUGAAACGCUAAAAGAAAACUGUAAAUCCCAAAUCAAAGACUAAGAUAUGUUAAAUGAGAUUUGGUUACAAUGCAAUGUAAACUUUAAAUAGUCCACAGAAGUACUUCUGCUUUUCUAAUUUGUUUUUUCUUUUCCCCUCUCAAAUUAGGUACCCUGGAAUGGAUAUUGGGACUGUAGGAAGAUUGGAUCAUAUACAUACAAAUUCACAAUUUCGGCAUAAAACCAUGGCUACUGGAUUGACAAAUGUAGGGAAUGCUUUUGGAGGGCAAACCUCCUCUGCCUUUCAAAGCACUCCUAUUGAUGAUGACGACGAUGAUGUGGUUUUUGUUGAGCCUGUACAGGUUACUCAAAGUACACCACAUACUGAUCAGAGAAGGGUAGGAUUUCCUAAACCAAGGAAAGAACAGAGGGCAGACCCCAAAUUACAUUCUUCCAGCAAGGAGUUGGAUUCUCUUAAAGGAACAAUAAGUGAGACAAUCAUCAUAGAUGACGAGGAAGAUCCUGAACCAUGCCAUGUGCAAGAAAAAAAUGCUUCCAGCUUUGGUGACAGACUUCUAGACACCAAUAGACCUAUCAGUGUGGAUUUUCCCUCCUCCUCCAGCUUCUCAAGGAGCAAAGCAAAUUCUGGGAUUAUUAGUACUGGCAUUACUACUGAGCCAGACUCUGAAAUACAAAUUGCAAAUGUCACCACUCUAGAAUCUGGCAUAAAUUCUGUGAAUGAUAGCCACCUUCAAAAUACUGAGGGGCGUGAUAUGAAUUUAAUGAUUACCCAUGUAACCUCUUUGCAGAAUCCAGGAUUAGGAGAGGUCCAGAAUGGAUUGCAUUCCAAUAAUUUUGGUGUUCAUGUGCAAACAUAUCCCCCUACCCUUGCAUCACAGACUAAACCUGCGAUGGGUCCAUACAACCCAGGAAGAAUUGUUAGCGGAGAUGUUUUUCAAAAUGGAGAAUCUGCAACUCAUCCUAAUCCUGGUAAGUAUCGUUGUGCAUAUUUAAUUAUAAAUACAAAUGCAGGCAUAUAUAUCCAAACCCUCAAAGACAAAGGGAUUCUAGUCACCAGAACCACUACAGCCUAAUGUAGUGGUUUUGGUGACUAUAGCAUGUCUCUGCAGUGUUAGCACUGUUUACAUUGCAAACUAGGGACACCUCUUGUGGCAGUCACUCAGACAGUGACUGGAGGUGCUUUCUAGUUCAGUGCUGCACGUUUGAAGCACUGAUGAUCAGACACUGAAUGUUCCCUAUAGCGAUGCAUUGAUUAAUGCAUCUCUAUGAGGAGAUGCUAAUUGGCGCAGCGUGGCGAUUUGCUGCACAUGCGCAAUAGUCUCCCAAUGCCAUCCUAAGCAUUGGAUUGGCUGAGAUCAUCCAGAUUGAGAAUGGAGAGGACCAGUAACCUAAAUAGUCACCUGACACUAUAAUAAAAGAGGGUUGCACUCAAUCAUAAAAAUCACAGGGUGCUAGCGGAGUAUAUGUCAGCAUACCCCAUAGAACAUGUAUCAUGGAAAAAAUCAGGCACUUACUGUGAUACGUUAAGCAGCUUUAAUGGAUAUCUCAACGUUUCGAACUGUACCUAGCGUACAGGUCGAAACAUUGCGUAUCCAUUAAAGUUGCUUAACGUAUCGCAAUGAGUGCCUGAUUUUUUUUUUUUUUUUUUUUCCUUGACACCUGACUCUAUAGUGUCAGGAAUGCAUUUUUGUUUUUCUGACAAAAUAGUUUUUUUUAAAGCGGCACUGUCAGACUUGUGUUAGCUGGGGAGGAGUGACACAUCUAGACGGCAGUAGCUCUGCACAGUGUCAGGUGGACGUAAUUUACAGAGUCAAAGUACUUCUCCUCCUACCCCCCAAAGUGGGGGGGGUGACUGUGCUGCUUUCAAACAUUGCAUUAUUGUAAGGUCCAUUUUUGUGAUGUGCAUGCUACCCUAGGGAGAAAAAUUUACUAGAUCUGCUAAAUUGACAGUAUGUGUAAAUAGUUACGAUUGGUGCAUGCAAAUGUGUUUUUAUUUUUUUAUUUUAUGUUUUGGUGGACAAAUGGUUACUGCUUAAUGUAUAAUAAAAGUUUGAUUUUCUCAUUUGAGAAAAAAGAAUGUUUGCUAUUUAUAUUUGCAUGAAAUGCUCUUAGCUGUGUUCAGUGACUUGUAAUAUGCAUAAGGAAAACUUUUAAAAUUAAUUACAAUUAAAAUAUUUCCUUAGUCUUGUUGAUAUUCUUACAAAUAAAUCUAUUUUUGAUAUUUUAAUAUGUUGACUUUUUUUUUUACAUUCAACAAAAAAUAUUAAAUCAUUUCGAAAGCUUAUCCAACAGUAUUAAAGGGACACUAUAGUCACCAGAACAACUACCACUUAUUGUAUUUGUUCUGGUGAGUAUAAUCCAUCCAUUCAGGCUUUUUGCAGUAAACGCUGUUUUUUCAGAGAAAAGGCAGGGUUUACAUUAUAGCCUAGGGAUACCUCCAGCGGCCACUCCUCAUAUGGCUGCUAGAGGUGCUUCUUGGGGCAGUGCUCCACCCUCUGCAUCCAGACACUGAACUUUCCUCAUAGAGAUUCACUGAUUCAAUUCAUCUCUAUGAGGAAAUGCUGAUUGACCAUGGCUGUGUUUGGCUUGUGAUGGCUAUCCCCCUGAUCUGCCUACUUGACAAGCUCAGCCAAUCUAAUGCUUUCCUAUGGGAAAGCAUUGUUAUUAGCUCAGAUCAACGCUUCUGAUGUCAGCUAAGCAGGCAGAGCCAGCUGCCGCAGACUGCAAUAAAGGUAAGAUUUUACAAUAUUUAUGGUGGCAGAGGGGAUAGAUGGUUUUAUACACUAUAGGGUCAGAAAUACAUGCUUGUGAAUUUGACACUAUAGUGUUCCUUUUAAAUCAAGACCAGUGUUCCUGUUAAUUCCUUGAAAAUUCAAAAUGGCUGUUCUUGCAAUGCUACAGAUGUAGCAGGUUCUGGAUAUUUACUUUUUUUAUAUAUUUUUUUCUUUAUUGGUGAACCAUUUAUAUGGUGAUAAAGUACACUGUAAUGUUAAUUGACAACAUGAUGAUGGAAGGAUAACAAGACCUGUUUUAAAGGAACACUCACAUAAGUCAUAACUUAAGUUUAUUGACAUUGUUAUGGAGACAGGUGUCCGGGCACGGUUUUACUUCAGGAAUUCAACUGUUUAAGCUGGAAGUUGUUCCUCCAUCACAGAUCUCUCAUUUCCUUCCUCUCUGCUGUCAUAGUAUGAGAAAGGUGUAGCCAGCAGGCAGUGAUUGACUUCAGCUUAGACUGUCACCCCAUAGAGAGAAAUGCUUUAGAAAGGUACAAACCUUUCUAAAGCAUUCUUAUCACUAGCACCCAUUGGAUAAACUUCCAUAUGGUUGCAUAUUAGAACUGGAUAAUGUCACAGCAGUCAAGACUACAAACUUGGAAGUGUGAACCAGCUGCAUGUGCAGCCUACUUACCUCCAAAUGAUACAGGGGCAUCCACAAAUCCUAAUGUACACCUGCAUGCUUGGAAUUCUGGAGUGGCCAUUGAUAUUUGGGCAAUGACGAAGUACAGCUUCUAAGUUUACUACAGUCUGCCAUUCUCUGUGCAGAACGUAUCUAUUAAUCUAUAUAUUUGCUGUUAAUUUCUUCUAUAACUAUCUGAAUGUAAACUAACAUUACCAUAUUAGACCUGUCUGUGAGAAUAUAUUGUUUGCUGGGUAGACAUUUCUACUAGUGUGUUAAUGUGCAUCUGUCAUAGAAUAUAAACAUUCCUUCUUAUUGCUAAAUUUUAUUUUAUGGAUAUGUUUCAACCCUUGUUGUCUAAUUUAAAUUGGAGUAAACUACGUGGCCCACCAUAUAAUUUCUUCUUUUUUUUUUUCUUGGUUUAGAUUCUUGGAUAUCCCAAUCUGCUUCUUUUCCAAGGAACCAGAAGCAACCAGGAGUGGAUUCCUCCUCACCGGUGGCCUCCCUUCCAAAGCAGGUUCUUCAGUCUCCAUCGCAGCAACCACAACCACCACCUCCGAAAGCGGUUAAAGUCACUUGUGCGAAUUGCAAGAAGCCACUCCAGAAAGGGCAGACCGCAUAUCAGAGGAAAGGCUCUACACAUUUGUUCUGUUCCACCACUUGCUUAUCAUCAUUUUCGCAUAAACCAGCUCCAAAGAAGCUCUGCACAAUGUGUAAAAAGUAAGCAACUUUCAAAUGUAUUUGUUUGUGAUCCUUUCUAUCCUUAAAAGUUAUUAAAAUGUGACAAAUUAAAACUGUAGCUCCUUAUCUUUUGCAGUCAAUCAAUUGUUGGAGCCCUGAUGUAGAACUGCACAUAAAUGCAUAAUGCAAAAAAAUUAGUAAAUUUUUUAAAAUGUGAACAGGUAUUGCAGUAGAAUGAAAAGCACCACAAAUCCAUAAUUUUGUUUUAAUGGCGAUACUAUUUUUAUUUUUGAAUUUUCUAGUAGGAGACAUUCUUCCACAUCUACUCAUAGUAGCUGUAUCAUGCCAUAGUGUCUGCAUUGUGGAAUUGUUUCAUUAUUUAUCUUAAAUAAAACCUUAAUUUACAGAACCACUUAUCAUGAAACACUCAUAUGCAUGUGAAAAUGUCAGCACGUGAAUCUGGCUCAUGUCUCCUUUUAAACCUAUAACUUCCCUAAAAAAUAUCAAAUUUCAAAUUGGUUAUUGCUUUAUUCAGCAAAGUAGCUUUUAUAUUUUACUUUCCUCUAUUAGCUCACAUCAGGAUUACAAUAUACACACUGAAAUGAAAUCAGUCAUCCACUGAACUUCAAAAUUUAAAUCUGAAUCUCAAAACGUAGCUAAACAUAGCUGAUUUGAAGAACUUCUCAAACUCCACUAUCGUUUGGUUAUUUUAGCGCUUUUAAAAAAUUUAUUUAUUUAUUUAUAUAUUUUCAUUCAGAUUUCACUUCAUGAGUUUAGUGAAUUACUCAGACUGGUGUGCUUGUACGAGUGAAAACCACAAAUGUAAAUAUAACCAGAACUUUUGGAUACAAUCCCCUCUUCUAAACUUCCAAGUGUAUUUUUAAUUUUUUUUAAUAUAGCUUUGAAUUUGUAAUUCACAUCUUACAUUUGCCUUGUAUCUUACUAAAUUGAUCAACAUAUUACACAUGAGGCACCAUCAGUAUACCCAACUGGAAGACAAGUAAACUAUGGAACAAGUUUUCUCCAGUUUGUUUCAAGGGGAAAACAAAACCUUGAAAGUUUAAAGUUUUAUAAAAUCUCUUGACAGCAGUCUAUAUGCUGUAAAAGGUGCAUGAAAAAAGUUUAGUGAAAGGGUUAAUGGAUCCAUUAUUCGAUGCACACUUUUUACAGCCUUUUGAUAGCGUGUUAUUAAAUAUAAUCUACAGUUCUGUCAAUAUAGUUUUAACAUUUAUUUACCAGUUUGCUCUGUCAUCAAUGCGAUUUAAUUUUACAAUAUUCAAGAAUGCAAAGUUGUACCUUUUUUUUUUUUUUUUUUCUCCUUCUACAUUUUACAGUGUGCAAGCUUAUAUUUGUGCAAGCACGUGAUAGUUGCUAUUUUUUAGUAACUUAAAAGAAGACUUCAAAUUCCAAACCUUUUUUUUUAGUGUAUAGCCAUUGCUUACUUGUAAAUUUUAACCUGCCCUUGUUUGGUGGGUUUAAUUGGGAUUUAAUUUGACGCUUCCUUGUGUACAAUUCCUAAUUAAUUUUUCAAUUUCUUAUCUAACCUAGGCCACACUAUCAUAUUAGAAUUAAUAAGUAGAAAAUUAAUUUAUUUGCAAUGAGAAAUGAGGUUAUAUAAAAAAAAAAGAGCUGCAGUUCAUUUGAUCACAAUAGUAAUGUGAUCUAGAUCAGUGCUGUGACUGACCGCCUGGCACCCCGACCGGUUACCUCAGUCAAUUGCUGCUUCCUAGUACUUGCGAGCACCAUAAGCACCGCACUUGGACACCAUAACCACCGUAAUCCCCACAAACCGCCGCAGCUUGGACACCAUAACCACCGUAAUCCCCCACAAACCGCCGCAGCUUGGUUGGGGUCUCGCUGUCCUCCACCCACCCUGGACCCCCAGGAUCCAGCUUCCAGUGGGUAGACCUCUCCUAGUCCAGAGAGUGAAGCAGGUUCUCUAACAAGAGCAAGUGUUGUGAUCCAAGGGAGUAUAGGGAUUAUAGCAAUCCCCAGAUUGGAUAUAGCUCUCCAAUCCCCCAAAUAUGAACCUAGACUUCAUGAAGGGUAAAACGAAAGUUUAAUGGCAGCCACAACUGGCCUUAUAUGCAGGUCCCCAUGCAAGGGGCACUCCCACCUGGACCUUAGAGUAGACUACAGUAAAAACAUAUACACAAUCACAUUGGCUCUCAGGUCCAGGACACUCCCAUACAAAAUAGGUCAAUCCCUCCCCUAUGCCUGGGAGAUAAGUCAGCACUGUACUAAACUCAAUUAUCUCCAGGCACAGAAAACAUAAAUUUUUACAAAACCCCCAAAAUACAUUAACACCCCCUUCCCUCCCCCCCCCCACACAAAAGUUAUAUCCCCUGAUAGCCCUGAUCUGGGUGACCAACAUAUCCAAAAAUCACCCAGAUCAGUUCAGGGGUUCAGGAAUUUCCUGGAUGUCAUAAUUUGACCGACCACCCGCAUGGUCCCAUGCCCAAAACCGUUACAGAGAAUCAGGGCUUGCGGUCGGUCUAGUUCAGUAGUUUAAAAACUAACAAACUACCGAACUCCGUUAAUAGUCUUACCCUGAAACUUGAUCCCCUCUUGUUCGUGGGAACGUUUCCACCGAACAGCGCCUUUCUAAGUGUGGUAGAACCGAACACAGGCGAUGCCUGAAGUCCAGCUGUAUUCGGGAGUUUGUGUCAUUUUUCAGUUCCAUGAGAUUCAUGCCCAAACCCUGCUGCCUGCGUUCGCAGGAAUAACAUGGCUGCCACCUCGUGGUCAUCCAUAGGAAUUGCAGCCACUCAGGCGAACACUUAGAACUCUGUGAUGGAAAUUGCUACAAAGUAGCAAUUAGGCUCAACAAGCUCCACGGUGGUCUCCGGUUCGUGCAGCUGUUUGGUUCCUGCUAAAUAUAAAAAUCCCACGAACCAAGUCUGUUCACCUAGUUUUUAAACCCCUUAAGGACACAUGACAUGUCACAUGUCAUGAUUUCCUUUUAUUCCAGAAGUUUGGUCCUUAAGGGGUUAAAGGGCCCAUAGUCUUUUGGUAAGAGGCUGGCCAGCAGACCCCUCCAAGAACACGUGACGAGGCUCAGCUCGUCACAAGUGCUUAGUACUUAAAGGAACACUAUAGUGACCUAAAUUACUUUAGCUAAAUAAAGCAGUUUUAGUCUAUAGACCAUUCCCCUGCAAUUUCACUGCUCAAUUCACUGUCAUUUAGGAGUUAAAUAACUUUGUUUCUGUUUAUGCAGCCCUAGCCACACCUCCCCUGGCUAUGAUUGACCGAGCCUGCACGAAAAAAAACUGGUUUCACUUUCAAACAGAUGUAAUUUACCUUAAAUAAUUGUAUCUCAAUCUCUAAAUUGAACUUUAAUCACAUACAGGAGGCUCUUGCAGGGUCUAGCAAGCUAUUAACAUAGGAGGGGAUAAGAAAAUCUUAAUUAAACAGAACUUGCAAUAAAGAAAGCCUAAAUAGGGCUCUCAUUACAGGAAGUAUUUAUGGAAGGCUGUGCAAGUCACAUGCAGGGAGGUGUGACUAGAGUUCAUAAACAAAGGGAUUUAACUCCUAAAUGGCAGAGGAUUGAGCAGUGAGGCAGCAGGGGCAUGUUCUAUACACCAAAACUGCUUCAUUAAGCUAAAGUUGUUCAGGUGACUAUAGUGUUCCUUUAAAACACUUACAGUCUAUGACUCGGGCAAUUCCUAAAGGACCACUAAAGUUCUCAGUGAAGUGGUCUUAGUGUACUGGCCGUGUCUUCUUAACACUGCAUUGUAAAACCUUUAUUUAGUAACCGCAAUAUUUACAUUGCAGUGUUUAAUCCAUCUCUAGUGGCUAUCUUACUGACAGCCACUAGAGUCACACCGUUUCACUGACAGAGUAAUACGGUCACAUGACUUGGAAACUAAUAGGAAAACAUUGAAUACAGUGGAGGCCAUGCUUUUUUUGUUGACGUUGCGGAAGACUGAAAGGUGAGCAGCACAGAGGGAGCCUUGAUAUUGGAAAAUGCUUAAGUAAAACUUUUUGUUUAGGAGGGGGCUGUAUAUAACUAGGGACAGUUGUAGUGUUCCUUAAUCCUCUUCAUAUGGGCUUACUGACCAAACCUGGACUGGGCGAUGCAUAUUGGAUUAAGCAUGAGAUUUAAUCUAUAUGUCAUGCAAGCAGUUUUGCUAGCAAAUGAUUAGAUUAGGAGAAAAACCCAUUUAAAAAUAGGUUUCUCUCUCAGAUAUCACCAAUGCAGAGGUAUUACUGCGAAAAGACUCCCACACGAGAUCCCUCUGCUAUCCUCUCAUAGCAACCACAGCACAUGCACUGCAGUUACUAUGGAAACUCCAUUGCCAGGUAUGAAGUAUUGGAGUAUAGGCAACAAAGCCAGUGUGCCAACGUCACUGACUAAAAAUUCUCUGCUUGGGUAUACGUCCUAAGCAAGGAAAAUCAAAGAAUAACAGAGGCGGAGCGAAGCAGUCGAAGACUAUGUCCGCAGGUGGGUGUUACACAAAGAACCCACGAAGCAUAAAGAUGGCUGUGCUGGAAUGCAGUAAAAGUUAGUAAUUCUUUGUUUUACAUUGAAUGCACCAUGUAUGUUUGUUAUAUAUUGUGUAUUCAAUGUACAUGGGAGCGAUUUUUAAGGUACGUUAAAUCAUUCAUAGCAUGUUCACUUUAACCUUUCAAUUUAAAACCAAUGCAAUUUUUAGAACUGCACUGUUUUACUUGCUGGGUUAAGAUGACAGGGACAUGGUUUCCAGAUUACUUAAUUGAGACGAAGUGGUGUGGGUGACUAUAGUGCUCCUUUAAGUUCUCACGUCUCUCAGAUAAUUUUUUAUUUUUUUGACAUACCUGUAUUCUGCUAUUUAAAAAAACAAAACAAAAACCUAUUUUGCUUAAUUACUACAAUUUGUCACACAUAAAGUCAGUUAGAAGAAUAGCCCCUAGAUGGCAGUAAAACAUUGACUAAACUUGGUUUACUCCCAAAACUGCAAUACAGAUUUUAUAUACUAACCAGACUUGUCUGAAUGAAAAUACAAUUGGUAAAAUAAUUCAUGUUGUAUAAAAAGUGGUGUAAUAAAUCAACCUAUCUUUCGACUAUUAUAUAAUCUAUAUCGUUUGUAUCUAUAUGCUGGACAAACUGGCUUUCCUUUUCCAUUUUCAGUGAACAUUCAAAAUAUUGAUAUAGCAGUAGAUGAAACCGUAUGACUGUUCUGAAACAACAAGAGCUUUAUAUAUAUUGUCUUGCCCAAUUUGUGAAAUGCAAAUAAUCUAUCGUAUACAAUCUUUAGAUUUUACCCCUUUCUAGACAUGUAAUGUCAAAUAAAUGUGUCAAAUGAAUCAAUACUCAGUUCAGCAGACCUAGCCAUGUACUUAUUGGGUAUUUAUUAAAUGGUUCUGUUACAACUAAGCUGCACUCAUUUUGUAACUGUCUGUAUCUUCUUUUAAAGGCCACUUUAAGUAUUAUAGCUAGUAUAAACCUAUAGCAGCCACAAUAUGGAUUUUUUUUCUCACUUAUUGAACAUGUGCACUCAUACAAAGUGAAAAGCAAAUGGAUGAUUAUAUAUUCCAUAAAUCAUGUUUGGAAUAGACCAGAAUGAGAGGCUCUUGAUUCGUUGGGCUUUUGGGUCUGUCAGCUGCAUAUAUAAUGCUCCGUUAAAGAUAAAACCACAACAGAUUUAAAACUGCUGAUCUUAGUUUAGCAAUACGGCACGUAGUUACACAUAUUUAUAAAAAUUUUCUGUCAUUUUCCAUGUGGUUUGUGAAUGUGUGUACUUCAAACUCAGACUGUUUAAAAUGUAUUGCAAUCAUUAAUCCGUGAUGAUUUCUCCCCCCAGAGAUAUUACAACAAUGAAAGGAACAAUUGUUGCUCAAGUAGAUUCAAGCGAAUCUUUCCAAGAGUUCUGCAGUACGUAUUGUUUAUCAGUCUAUGAGGACAAGCAGAAUUCUUCCAAAAAUCAAAGCAAAUCGAGAUGCACUAUUUGUGGCAAAUUAACAGAGGUAUGGAUUAACAGAAAUGUUUGUAUACUUGUAUUUAUAAUGCAUCUGUUGUGCAUAUGACAUCAUAGUACAUCAUAGAGCUUAACUUUUCACUGUUGGUGUUGGCCAAAUGGCUUGUAAGCAUUUAUCAAAAUCAUAGACUUCUAUGUUAGAGGAACACUUUCAGCAAUAUAACCACCACAGUCCAUAGUGGUUAUGAUGACACGAGUGCAUAUGUGCUCUCCCAGAGUAGUUUGUCAAACAUUUUUAAUAAGGUUUGAGAACGUACCUGGGUCCCCAAUCACUUGCACCACAUUGAGUCGUUUCCUAAAGAAGCUGGAUGUCCUCACCAAGCAAAGCCUGGUGGAUGCACGUCUGCACUCUAUGGCUGAUGCUCUCCCUAUAUCCACUACAGCAGGCUUUGUGCUUGGCAUUGUGGAAUGAGAGCACAUAUUGCUUUGAUAUGUUUUCUGGACAUUAACCCCUUAAGGACACAUGACAUGUGUGACAUGUCAUGAUUCCCUUUUAUUCCAGAAGUUUGGUCCUUAAGGGGUUAAAGUAGGUCUGUCCUUUUGUUUUUUGUUUUUGUUUUUUUUUUUGUUUUGUUUUAUCUCAUCCAGGGAACAAGUUUAUAAUGGGUAUUGAAGUGUAUAUGAACAAAUUAUUAGAAAAGGUUGAGGUGAACAUAAGUGAGGACUGUUUGUUCUUGCAACGUUUUUAUAAACUUAUGUCUUAUUUUACCUUUAUUUAAGUUUUUGUUUUCUUGCAUGCUUGCUGGCACCCUCUGCUGUUUAACAUUAUUGAUGUUUGAACUCUGACAACUAUAUAAAGUUAAAUAUUUUAAGAUGUAAGGAGGAUAGUUUAAGCCAGAGGUGCCCAAUAGGUAGAUCCCUAGAUUUUCUUUUAAAACUACAGCUUCCGUGAUGCUUUGUCAUUCUUAAAAUGUUUUUUUUCUGCAACCUCUGCCCCCCCUUGAUUUAAAAAAAAUGCAUGUUGCUUAACCUAAAAAAAGUGUUACCUCAUUAAUAAUUGUAAAGGUGAACACUAUCAAGAGGAUGGUGGUAUAUCCACGUCUAUUUUACUUUUGCUUUUAUUGAAAGCAGAUUAAAAUGUUCUUUGUGGUGUAUCUGUCAAGAAAAGGGUGCACAUGUUUUCAUCAUGUUUGGUUGUUAAUUUAAUCUCAUUAACCUUAAAUUAGACUUUUUUGGUUUGGUUUUUUUGACAUGUGACAUUGUUUUUUUUUUUUUUACUUGUUUUCCCCAGAUUCGCCAUGAGGUUAGCUUUAAAAACAUGACCCAUAAGCUCUGCAGCGAUCACUGCUUCAAUCGAUACAGGAUGGCUAAUGGCUUGAUCAUGAAUUGCUGCGAACAGUGUGGAGAAUAUUUGCCAAGCAAAGGCGCUGGAAAUAAUGUACUUAUGGUUGAAGGCCAGUGGAAGAGGUUUUGCAGCCCAGCCUGCCUCAAUGAUUUUAAGCUGGUAAACUCACUUUCAACUUGUCACAACUUGUACUACUAGAAAGAAAAGAAAUCUUUCAUUUUGAUCCGUUCUUUGUCACAGGGUCUGCAUACAGGUGAUGUGCAAAUUGUGACCAGAUCCUUUGACAGUGAAAAGGUUAAAUAAUUUUAUAUUUGUUUAACAAUAGAGACAAAAUUUAACUGUUUAAUUUGUGUGGCGUAUACUCAUACAUAAUGUGAUUUUGUGUGUGUAUAUACAUACACAUAUAUACUGUUACAAAUAUUUAUCUUCUGAUUCUUGACAGUUAUUGUGUUGCAUAUUCUUAUUUUAUGUAGUCCAUAUAUUGCUGUUUGUAAUACCUAGCACUGUGUUUGCAACCCAUUGUUACAAACAAGGAUUCAUAUGUUUGUAGAUUCUUAUUUGGUUUUAUCCUGCAAAACAUGCACUUUCAGUUCGUCACAGGGUGCACUCACCAUUAAGAGAACAAAAGCUUUGCCAUUAAUUUGACAAGGUGCAAAGUAUUCUGUGCCAUGCCUUUUUGAAAUCACAGCAAUUGAACUAUCCCUGUUUAUUAGCAUAAAGAUGUAUAGAUGGAUAUAGUGCUAGCGUAGCAUACUCUAAAGUUUUGUGUUUCAAAUUUUGUAAUAAGAAUAAAGAAACCUCACUCUGUUCUAAGUGCUAUGACUGCAUCUCAGUUUAAGGAAAAUAUAGUAUAACGAUAGAAAUAUACAAUUUAAAUAUAUUUUUUCUGGUUGUGGGUUGCAUAGGCAUUUAUCUUGAUAUGAUAUACAAGAGAUUCUUUGUUUUUGUUUUUUUUGUUUCUGCAUACUAUUUGUAUUGUAAUCAAUACUAAUCCUGAUAGUUUAUAGUAGUUAACCAUUACAGUGUACACCAAAAAUAUUACAUUUGGUCACCUAAAAAUUGUAGCAGGAUUAUCACUACCCUACAAUCCAGGCACCAAAACAACAUAAUCAGAAUGAAGUUAUCUUAUGGGUGGAUCCUGCCAACAGCUUACCUCAAGAGGUUAAAACUCUCAGCCUAUCAAUAGCUCCACAUUCACAAAACUGCUUGAGAAUCAUUUAAAAUAAACUUAUUUUCUCUAGCUGUUUUGGGGAGGAGCUAUUGAUAGGCCUUGAGCAUCCUGUUUGAGGCUUCCUGAUUCAAGUCUCGGACUGUGGCAGGAGAUGGGCAGAGAAUCUGGGUGCCAGAUUCAACACUGUUCGUUAGCUGUUUAACCACUUAUGGAGCAAAUUGACCUCCUCAAACAAAACAUCAUUGCAAUGAAGUUAUGGUGCCUGGAGUGUUUUUUUUUAACCACUAAUAUGUUGCGAUUUCCAAAGUUUAAACCCUUUAACCUCAUUUGGUGCUUGAAAUGGGAUAUUUUAAGGAAAAUAUUUCAAAAUGAGUUAUUUUCAUAAUUGAUAUGUUAGGAAAUGUAGAAAAUAUUUUAUUUAAGAAAAUGUUUGUGUGCAAACUACUAUAUAGGCAGUUGACGCGUGGUCUGUUUGAAAAUGUCCAUGUUUCGUUGUCCCUCUCUUCAUAUAUUGUUAGGAAGUGGGAGGUUUUCAAUUUGAUUUUGCUCAAUCACCCAGGGACAUUCUAAAUCUGUAUGUCAUGUCCCAGUUUCAUGUCAAACUGCAAAAGUUUAGAUAACCCUAGACUAACCACUAACCUGUCCCUAACUCUCUUGGCCAAAGCCAUUCAGAUUGGGUAGGUCUGACUUAAACCUAUUUCUAUUCCAUGAUGACAGUGUGGCUGGGGAGUAGAUGGCUUCGAAGUGCUGGGGAGAACACUGGCUUCCAUCAAACCACUCUCUAAUAGUUCGAUGAUAACCAUGAGGGGAGGGGGCACUGGUAUACUUGUUAAAUACUUCAGUAGCACGAGGUAGUGGAUAAACAGACCCUUGGGUAUAGAAAAAUACCUAUAAUGUAUUUCUAGUUCUAGAGUUGAAUUAAUUUAAAUAUUAAAUGCUUGAUUUUGUAAUUCUGUAUUUGUGUUUUAAGCUGAUAAUUAGAUUUUAUUUCACAUAAAUGCUAAUCUGCACACUUUGUCAUAUAUCUCUGUAAUUAUCUACCCCAUCUGUGUAUGGUUGAAUUUAUUGCCAAACAAGAUACUGUGGUAACUAAUCUAAACACUUGUUUCAAAGACAUUGCGUAUCUCGUGAUGCUUGAGAGAGAUAGAUAUAUAGAUAUAUAUAUAUACACACACACACACACACACACACACCCACCCACCCCCUCCAAGUCUUUCCAGGCUCUAAAGGUGAGAAUCUGGCAUAAAGGCAAAAGAUUUUUAGUGUUGUGCCGAUAUAUAGAAAACUUUGGCAAUAAGAAGCAAGUGCCUGAUAUUCAGAUGCAAAGACCUGGGGGGCGAAAACAAUUAUUGUGAGAAUAACUUCCAAAGUCAAGGUGUUCAUCUGCAAUACAUACCCGUUCGACUACAUUUGGUUAUUGGGCUGCCGUCAGUACUCCUCAACCCCCUCCCACAAAGUGAUUUUCCUCAAUGGGAGGACUUGGACUGAGAGCAUCAACUGACGUUUCUGGCUUACCACAGGCAUUCUUUGCAAUGUUUAUUUGAAGCAAAAGAUCAUGAGGGACAGAGGGAUCUGGAGGACAGGUGCGGUUUGGAGCCCUUUGUUAAACCAAUCAUAAGUGGUUUAACCUCUUAAGAUGAGAUGGUGCUCAAGGCCUCCAGGCACUGAAACAACUUGAUUAAGUUGAGGUGGUUGUUGUGCUGGAUUUGUUUUGGUGUGCACAAGAGUACAGCAUUAAAAUCUAUGGAGGAUCCUCCAUAGAAAGAGCCAAUUCCCCGCAGCAAUCACAAGGAUUGCCUCUAGUGCUGUGCCCUGUGUUCUAGCUCCCACUUUUCCUGGCCGGCAGCAAAGACUAUAGAAAAUAUUAGCCCCAACACAUAAUUUUGCAGUAUCCUAAAUCCCUAUGCACAUUUAAAUGACUGGAAUUUUUUCUUUUUUUGUAUUACUCCAAUGGCCAUUGAAGUGUAGGCUCACCUGCCACGUCAAGGCAAAACCUCACAGGUAGUCCUACACUAACAAUUCACCUUGCUGCUUUCAGGGUUAAUAAGUGUGUAACGGUUUAGAAAAAUACCCCUCUCUGCCUUUUGGUUGAAUGUAGAAAGGUGAAUUGUUGGUGUAGGACUCACCUAUGAGGUUUUUCUUUGACAUAUCAGGUGAGCUCGCACUUGACUGCCAUUGGAGCAUUACUACAAACUCUCCAGUUAUAAAAAAACAAAAAAAAAACAAAUGUGCAUAGGGAUUUGGUUUAUUGGGCAGUAAACUUUAAAAAAAGAAAGUCAUCCCCCACUCCCCUCCCCCCGCCCCUUUGGUUUUUAACAUAUUGCAGUAUCUCUGAUCAGAAAUGUUGGCAACCUACCAAUUAAAGAUAUUUUAAUAUGCUUUGGACAGUUCAGGUAAACACUUUGUAUUUUUGCAACCUCAUGGAAUGAGUAAUAUUGAGCAGUAGAAAAGUUUUUUGUUUUUUUUUUGUUUAGUUUUUAUUAUUAUUUUUUAUUUCCACCUUCUUAAACUUAUAUUUGAGUUGCUUCACGAGCAGAGGAGCGUGUGUAAAAUAAAAAAGAAAAAGGACAAAGUCGUGUUAAAGUUGCACUCCAUGUUGGAGCCAACUAACUUUCCCUCCAAUAAAAAAAAAAAAUUUAUAAAUAAAAUUCAAAUCCCUACCAAAAAAGAUAUUUAACCCCUUAAGGACCAAACUUCUGGAAUAAAAGGGAAUCCUGACAUGUCACACAUGUUGUGUCUCCUUAAGGAGUUAAUAAAAAAAAAAAUAAUUAAACCUGUUCAAUUAUAAUUCAGCCAGUGAUUUAACACUCUUUAGCUAACAAGAACUACUUUCCUGCCGCUGUUGGUCACUGUUCUUACAUAUGGGACAUGUACAUAUUUAGCAAUGCGCAUGUGCCCACUGAUCCCAGUUAACACAUGUGCAAAUGAUGCAGUUGUGCAUACACUAUUUCAUGCCAUCUUAUGGAAAGUGUUAAUGCAUGCAUUGUAGCAGCAAGACUGCUGAAGUUGACAUCAGUGCAAACAAUACUGAUAUUGCUGCAUCUAGUAAUGACUGGGGAAUUUCUGCUACCUUAAGCUGUCUUUGUUGAAAGAUGUUAGUGGAACAUUAUUCUGCAGGUUUUAAAUGCCUAAUGGAUUCAUUAACUUUCCAAAAACUGUUAAUUUAGGCAGGCAUGUGAAAGUAAGGUUAAUUUUUCUUAUCUUAAGCUUUAAAGGGAAACUAUUUUGCUAAGGGUUUCAGGUGAUGCUGGAUGUCCUCGUGCAGAGCUUGAGGACGUCCAGUGUCAGGCGACCAAAAGUCGCCUAACCACCUGGAAGUUCCUCUGGUGGCUGUCGGUGGAGUUAGCCAAAAACUGCAAUAAUUACAAUUGAGACGUUAUGGGGACUAGGACCUUGCACCCAGACUACUUCAAUAAGCUGAAGUCGUCUGAGUGCCUAUAGUGUCCUUUUAAUGUGCACGUUUGUUUUCCGGAUGGUUGGAGUGUCCCUUUAAUGUCUGGAUGUCUGAGUACUAAAGAAACUUGGCACACUGGCAGGUAUCUAUCUGCUGUUCUGUUCUAUGAAGUGAUUUUAUCUGGAAAUCGGCAUGCGCUUUAAAAAUAUGCUUAGUUCACUCAACUCUGCUUUAGUUGGGUUAAAAUACAGUAUCCCCCAGUUUCCCUUUUAUUCCCAAAUUUAAAUUGAUCUUUUUGUGCCUGCCUUUCUGAAAAUGAACCACCUUAUAUAAAACACAUGCAUUGUAUUUGUUCAGUGCAAUGGACGUACUGCUUUUCAUAAAAUAUUGUUUAUAUGUUUGUUUGUUUUGGAACUGCGGUACAAUUUCCUAUACAGAAACCAAAGAUUUGUAUGGUUAAAAUUAGUGCUUUUUAUACUGCAUACAUUUGUUAGUGGAAAAACAGCACUGUAACUGUUCUUCAUUAAUGUUUGUAAUUAUCAUUAAAAUGUAAAAAUAUUUAAAAUAAACAGUGUUGAUGUAAUUUAUUUUAGCACUACCAUUUCUUAACUACCCUACAUCCAGUGGUUAUGCUGUAUACCUGUUAAAUAAUAAGUGUAAAAUACAAGCAAUGUACAAAUUAAAGGUUCACUCCAGACUGGAUCUUACCCAUUUUUUUCAGUGCUUUAUGUAGAUGCACUAAAAUAUGGAAAAUACAGCAAAAACAUAAGAUACAUUUUAUGUCCCUGCAUCUGCUGCGAAUCCCCAGACUUUGCAGCUUUUACAGGGAUUUUACAUAAAGCCACUCCUCCAUCUGGUAUUUUUGGGUUUAAACAAUAAAUUCAUGGACUACAUGAUUUAUGGGCAGUGCAGUGGUUUCUGUGAGCUGUAGUUCACUGUCCACUUUCUAUUGUAGAAAGCAAAUAGGUGAUCUGAAAUUUCGCAGACACUUUCACAGUGUAGCCUGUCAACAUCACAUACAACUUUUUUAUUGAAAAAUGAAACGGUGUAGAUUGGGAAGAGGCAGAAUUGGUGUGCUCAUUGGGCAAAGUUAUUAAAGGAAGAAAAAUUAAGGUGGAAAAAGACACAGAAUAACUGACUUGCACACGUGUAAGUGCCUGGAGUGUCCCUUUAAGUCACAUGGUACUACUUUAUUAUCAAUGGCAAAACAGAAUCUGCUAUACCGAAUUGUAUACAUAACACAUUUAGUAAAAAAAAUUUUUUUUAUUUUUUUGAAUAUAUACACUUACUAUAAAAUAAUAAUCCUGAAAGAACUAGUUCUGGAGUUGCAUGAGUAUCUGGUUAAUUACUUACAGCCUGCAUUGAAAACUCGCAUGGUAAAUUAUUCUGGAAGACAAACUGCCAAAAGACUUCAACAUUUUUAUACAAGAGUACAUUUGAACCUGAUAUAUCUCAAUUUAAAGUCUCCCUCUCCCCCUUUUAGUGGGGGCUUAACGUUGCCUCUCUUUUAGGCUUGGGGAUAUUCUUAUACUUGCAAGAAUGCUUCAGGCCUACUCCUUUCUGACUGGUUGCACAUUCUUCUGAUAUUUUUUGAUUUAAGUUUUUUUUUUUUUUUUUUUAUUCUGUAUGUUUUGUUGGAACUUCUUUAGGAUUGAGGAGAGAGAGGUUUUUCAGGGAGAUUAGAUUUGUACCAUAGUUGCCACGAGUGCAUUCCAUGACAAGUAGGUUGUCAUUUUAUAAAAAUAUUUUGAAUUGUUUUACUGUUCUCAAUAAAAAAAAAAAAUUAAAGCAUGAGAUUAAGUUAUGUUUACUUUAAGUAUGGAGGAUAUCCCCUUAAAAAUUCUAGGUUGAAGAGCUCCCACCAUCACUUCAAUACUUAAAAGAUCAGUAAUGCCUACACAUAAUUUAAAAAUAAAAAUAAAAUUUUUGUGUAAGCGCACACAAACUGAUCGACAUUCUAGUAAGCAAUCAGUAGUGCUUCACAAAAUAUGAUAUUAUAGCAUACAUACUCUUGUAUCUCAUCUAUCCUGCAGUGCUACUGCAGUACAACAAAUAACCAAGAACGUGCCUGAGUUUUAUUUCAUCAACUAAUACAAUGGGUUUUUUAAAAUGUGUUUUUAACCCCUUAAGGACACAUGAUAUGUGACAUGUCAUGAUUCCCUUUUAUUCCAGAAGUUUGGUCCUUAAGGGGUUAAAGAGGCUAAUCCAAAAUGUAAAAUUAGAUCAGACAAUAGAAUGGAGGUAUAUCUAACAUUUUAAUGAUCCAAAACGAUACCACUAAGACACAAAACCCCAAAUAUAGGAAAUUGGGCAUGAAUUGUAUUUUGACAAUAAGCGCUCUUGGAAAGUACCUUCAAGAUUUUACAUUCAGCGUUGCUGAUCUCUUCCUCCCGAAUUUGGACACUUAAACCCCUGCACAGAAAUAGUUCUUUGGCCAUGAAAAAUGUUAUCAUGUUCUUAUUUUUGAUGGAUUCAUUUUACACUGUAACUAUUGGACGCAGUGGGCAAUACAUGCCAUAGAAAAAGGGUUAUUUGUUCUAGUUCUUUCUACUCUUUUAUCCUCUAUUUAUUUCCUUCAUGUUUGCCUUUGGAGUGCACCAUUUGUGUGUUCUCUAGGUGGAACAGUAUAUUUUAAAGGCAGGAAAUAAAAAAUAAUUUGUUGAUUCACUCUUAAAAAUACAAAAAACGUAACGUGUUAUGGAGGUCGGAAGUAAUGAUAUCGUUUAGAUUACAAAAGUUGGAUUGAUUGGGGUGUAAUUUUGAUGGAAAAAUGAAUUGGAGAUUUCCUUACUUAAUUUGCAACUUUUAGGUAGCAUGCUUCUUGUUAUUUAAGCAACUUUGGUGGGAAAUCAAUUUAAGUUUAUUUUCCUCAUUAUAUGCAUACAUUUGGAGAGUAAGGUAAUGCUGUGGACACAGAGUAAGCUUUAUUGUUGCUGCUUAAAGGACCACUAUAGGGUCAGGAACACAAACGUGUAUUCCUUACCCUAUAGUGUUAAAACCACCCCCAACCACCUUAAACUGUAAUAAAACUAACCUUAUUUCCAGCUCCAUGCAAGUCUGCCGGCGCUGGCCCCGUCCCGAUCCACCUCUUGGCUGACAGAGUUUAUGAUUACAGCCAAUCCAAGGCUUUCCCAUAGUGCUGAAAUCGACAAGGAGGCGGGCCAAUCGGGCCAAAGCCAGCUUAGCCAAUCAGUACCUCAUUGAGAUGCAUUGAAUAAUGUAUCUCUAUGAGGAAAGUUUAGCGGAGAAGCUGAACUGCACAGGAAUCGGAGUGGCCACUGGAGAUAUCCCUAGGGGGAAAUGUAAACCCUGCCUUUUGUCUGAAAAGGCUGUGUAUACAUGAAAAUGCCUGCAGGGAAUGAUUAUACUCACCAGAACAACUACAGCUUAAUGUAAUUGUUCUGGUCACUAUAGUCCCUUUAAGCUUACCCAUGACAUUCAAAUUUGGGUGUUUCACCCAUCUCAUUUGCACCUUAUUUCCAGCUCCAUGCAAGACUGCCAGUAAGCUGUACCUGAUUAUGUUGCUUGAGGGCUACCUUUUGUCUCAGUAGUGAAAAACCAUCAUGUUAAUCACACAUGAGACUGACCAUUUUUCUUUAAUGCAAAGCUUGCAAUGCUCAAGGUAUUAACCUCUAACACAUAGGACUAUUUAUAGAAAUAUUUGACGAAAUAUGAAUUUUUAAUUAUUUUUUUUUUUACUAAACAAUCCAUUUAAAUUAGUUUAUAUACAUGUUAAUAAGUUGUACGAGAUCCUGUUUAUAUUUUAAAAGGACAUUUAAUUAAAACUACUUGCAUGUUACAGGAACAUCAGUAUGAUUUCUUUUAUGGGAAGAGGCAUAUUGCACCACAAAAAUGUUUACCAGAAUUGCAAAACUGGGAGACAAACUGUUGCCUUUCUCAGCUUCUUUGUAGUUUGACUUCUGUGAUUUCACAAAGGGAUAGAUACAUUUGAACCAUACAUCCAGUGACUCCAGAAUAAACCUGACUCAAUUCAAAUUUAACACAACAGAUUGUUGUGCAAAAACACAUCUUUUUUUUUUUUUUUCCAAAGUACUUUGUUAAUAUUCUCAAUUCCAGAAUCAUAAUUUGAGUAUGCACCAUACAUGUUUGGAAUGUAUGAUGUAACUUAAAUUCAGCUAUCGAUAUAUACAUCACAGACUGGAUACCCUGGCUUUUCCUCCAUACCUCAUGUUUCAUGUGAAUAUAAACAGGUCUGUGUGCUGGUGUUUUUCCACUUAGCAGUAAGCAAAUCGGACGCUAUAGUGAUGUCAGCGUUUAGCAUGCCAGUUUACCUGUGGAAAUAUAGAAUACCUAUUAAUCUCUAUAUUAAAAUUUUAACAUCAGAUUGUUGGAGGGGGAAGGGGGGAAAAGAAACUAAGUUUUGGAACCUGUGAUGUAUAUUUUAUAAGUGUACAUUUUCAGUUUUUACUGCAGUUAAAAAAAAUAAAUAAAAAAAAAUAAAAAAAAAAUAGUGAGUCUUUGUAUGACUUUUAGAAAAAAAAUAAUCUUGUUUUGUGAUAGUGUGUCUGUCUCCUUGAAAUGAAAUUAUGAUUUUGUGCUUUUACAAUUGAAGUACUUGGUUUGUUUUGUUUAGAAACAUGGCAAGCUAACAAGCUGCACGGGAUGUAAAGCGCAAUGCAGGUGCUUCGAUAUGACCCAGUGUAUUGGAACGAAUGGGCACAUGGAACCAUAUUGUUCAACUACGUGCAUGAAUAAUCACAAGGCAAAAUAUGCAAAACCUCCAACUCAGAGUAAGUGUACAACUGCUAUUACUGGAUGUGUAUUUGAGAAGUUUUGUAAUCCAUUUAAUGAAUUGUAUUCCCAUAUGGUAACAGGACACUGCAGCAGAUAAUGGCAAAUUUUUCUUUUAAUUUUUUUUUUUUCCUGUACACCAUUGCAUAUCACUGAAAACAGUGUCUGACUGUAUUUUAUACAGUCACAGUAACCGUCUAUGUAAAGCUUCACUGUGUCCACUAUUGAGAGUUCUGUGAAAGUUUGUGUAUUUCAUUCCUUGUAACUGCCAAAUAUAUUUACCGUAGUAACUAAGUAGACCAUUGAAGUUAAAGCGUUUGUUCCAGCAGAUGCAUAUUACUUUGUUUGCAGAGUGUAAGACAACAUUGCUUGAAUUUCAGAUGUGCGAGUGUAAAUGUACUUUUGGCUAGUAUCCUAAAAAGAUAUGACUUCCUGGAUUAAUCCAAUCUGGUUACAUAAUAUCUUGGUUUAAAAAAAAGGAAAAAAAAGUGAAUUAUUUUAUAUCUUAGAAGAAAAUAGGAGACUUGAGUUUAAACAAUAAGAUUAGUAUGUGUUAAUAGAAAUAAAGUAAUUGUGUUUUUUUUUAAAUUUUUUUUUAUUUCAUGCAUCGUUAAGGCAUUGCGUUACUUUGUGGUUGUAAAAAAAAAAAUAUAGUUUUACCUUAAUGUAUAAAUACGUAAUUUCUCCCUUGCAGAUGCGGGAAUUAUUUGUCAUUUUUGUAAAAAAAACUCUUUACCUCAGUAUCAAGCCACAAUGCCUGAUGGAAAGCUGUACAACUUCUGCAGCUCUGGAUGCGUAGCAAAGUUCCAGGUGAGUGAAUGUGUUUCACAAUAUUUAUAGUUAAACAUAUAGCAUAUAAAAAACCUGAAUUUUUAUCUUUUAGUAGGAAUAUAAGAUCUGGAGAUUAGUUUCAUUGGGAACUGCAGUUAGCCUGAGUAAAUAGAUGUUUUACUGCUGUUGAUGUAGAGAUUUUUGUCAAAUUGAAGGGGAUACUAGAAGAAAAUGAACUUGCUUAUUCAACGCUGUACUUUUUUUGUAUAAAAUUAUGUGAAAUGGUGCACACAUUUAAUGUGAAACUUUUUUUUUUUUUCCUCUUCCCCUCUGUGUAGACUCUUAGCAUGCAAUCAACCACAAAUGGUCAGCAUGCCAGCAGUGACAUUCAGCUAAAAUGCAAUUACUGUAAAAAUGUGUUUUCUUCCAAGCCAGAAACGCUGGAGUGGGAGGUAAGCCAAUUGUGACAAUGUUACAUGGUUUGCAUGUUUACUAUAAUUAAAGCUUGCUAUUUAUGACAAAUUUCUAAAAAUGCAGGAAGAUGGAUUUACUUUAUAGCACCUAGAAAUUUCUGGUCUAGUGUUUGGCAAGUAAGCCACUAUUGACCAGCGUUUCCCUAGUGCUGAGCAAUUAAGUAUAUUGAUGGAAUGGUAUAUGAACCUGAUCAAUGGUGUCUUUUAAAAAUAAUAAUAAUAAUAAAAAUAUUAAAAUUCAAAACGUGUGUGUGUGUGUGUGUGUGUGUGUAUAUAUAUAUAUAUAUAUAUAUAUAUAUAUAUAUAUAUAUAUAUAUAUAUAUAUAUAUUUUUUUUUUUUUUUCUUUUCAGAAAAGUAUGGACUCCCCCUUUAUUAAAGUAUUAUAUAUAUAUCUCCCCCCUUUUAUGCGCAUCACUGUGAGGCAACGGUCUCGUUCAAAAGCUUUAACUUUUAGACCGUUGCCUCACUCUGCAGGCCUGAAAAAGUUGAUCAAUAUUUGUUAUAUUUUUUUUAUUUUUACAACUUUUUUUUAUGCUUUCCGCUCCCACUUUGGCUUUGAUCUAACUGAUUGUCCUGUCCCUAGGAAUGCUGAAAAAGUGCAUUGGGUAUGAAAGACAGAUUUACACAUGUGCAGUUGGAAGUUCUCUUCACUUUGCAACAUCUAACAGGGGAUAGGGAGACUCAUGUAGAGUAGGCUUCAGUGUUUUUUUCUUUUUUCUCUCUCUGUUUCUGUCUCGGUCUCUCUCUCUGUUUCUGUCUCGGUCUCUCUCUCUGUUUCUGUCUCGGUCUCUCUCUCUGUCUGUCUGUCUCGGUCUCUCUCUCUGUCUGUCUGUCUCGGUCUCUCUCUCUGUCUGUCUGUCUCGGUCUCUCUCUCUGUCUGUCUGUCUCGGUCUCUCUCUCUGUCUGUCUGUCUGUCUCGGUCUCUCUCUGUCUGUCUGUCUGUCUCGGUCUCUCUCUGUCUGUCUGUCUGUCUCGGUCUCUCUGUCUGUCUGUCUGUCUGUCUCGGUCUCUCUCUCUGUCUCAUCUUUCUGUCACUAGUGGACUGGUCUGAUACUGAGAUAGGUGUCUAAAAGCGGGAGGGGAUGCUGAAGAAACUUCCCUAGCUGAGAGGCGUGCCUAAUAAUGCAAUUGGACCAAGUUUAUGGUACUUAUAUAAAUCUUCCUUACAUAACUUGCAAAGUUUUUCUUGCUUAAUUUUGUUUGGUAUAUUUGUUUAAAAUGGUUUGCUUGCUGAUUUAAAAAAAAGCUGUCAAGCAUGUCUCUUUCCUUUAAAGAGUAACUGUAACUCCUGGUAUUUACGCCAUUGAGUAAAACAUUUAAAAAAAAAAAAAUCACCUCUAACUUGUGUUAACGUUAUUCCAAGAGAUGCUCAGUUUUAUUUAAAUUUGAAUUGGAUAUUUUAUCAAAUGGCAUCUAAAUCCAGUUCAGACAAUGGAAAGCCAAUCCAAACAUUGCUGAUGAAGAGAAGAAAUAGAAACUUUGUUUAAUUUCUCCUCUUCUGUGUAUGCUUUUUCUAUGGUGACUGUCAGCUAUAAGGACAUAGCUUAAAACAAUGAUUGACAGGGAGAUAAGAUGGAGGUACCCAUAUGCUGGAUAUAGAGGUGUAGAUGUCUACAUUUUAUUUUUGACACCUCAUAAAUACAGAGUUGGCAAUACAGGGCAUAACUGCCACUUUAAUUUUUGCAUUUUGUAAUUUAUGUAUAAUUAUUUUGUCUAUGCAGAAUAAAGUUAAUCAGUUCUGCAGUACCACUUGUUGUGAGGACUACAAGAAGCUGCACUGUAUUGUUACAUACUGUGAAUACUGCCAGGAGGAGAAGACUUUGCAUGAAGUCAUUAAAUUCUCUGGUGUCAAGAAACCAUUCUGUAGUGAAGGUAUGCUAAAAUUGUUUUGACUGGAUGCAAUAUGUCGUGUUUAAAACCAUGUUUGUAAAAUGUGCUUGUAUGAUUUAUUAAAGGGACUGUGUAAGCAAAUUAAGUACUACAGCUUGGUUUGACGAAUAUCUGGGGGAAUGGCAACUACACAGAACUGUAGUGGUGUUUCAAAGAGCAGAGAUUCAAAAUCCAGUCCUUCAUCACUGACCUCAAAGCUCGCCGUACUCAAUAUUUCCAGAAAAAUUCACUACCUAACUCACCUGAUUGUUUAGGAGCCUAAUAAAUGUGUGAUUCGCUGACACAUUAUCACACUUGCUUUCACCUGCAAAAAAAAUAAAUAAUGUAAUGUCUUCUUUCUCUUGCAUCAAAUAGUGGCUACUGAAGUGGCUUUUGAAGAACAAAAGUAUCUUAAAAAAAGCAGAGUAUCUGAAACUAACUUCCCUCCGUUCAAAAUUGAACUCUCUCUUAAAUCUCCAGGUCAAACUGACUCUUAAAUUGAUUAGAAAUACUUUUAUGUGUUUAGUAACCAGAGUGGCAAGAUAUUGGCUAGAGUACACGUUGACAGAAAACAUGUCCGUAAGAUCCAAUCACACACACACACUAUUCUCCCACAUCUAUUGCUUAUGCCUUUAGGAACUACUAAUCUUCCCUCUACAAUAUCCCCCCGAUGGAGGCCGCAUGGCUACCGCGGCGAUAGUUAGCCCCUGUUACAUCGCUCAAUACAAUAACGGUAAACACAAAAGGAAGCCACACUAACUUGAGACAUGUGCCAUUUUUAUGCUUUUUAAUGUUACCGAUGCCUUCAGUGAUGUCAGAAUUCGAUAAGUUUGGUCACCUUUCUAAUCAAAACUGCUUAAUGAAGCAGUUUGGUUUUAUAGAUCGUGCCCCUGUAUUUUCAUAGCUCAAUUUUCUGCCUUCAACCACAAUUGGUGGUUAUGUUCUGAGAUCAGAUUAUUCUAGAAUGCUAUCAACACAGUUUCCCAGCUGGCGGCCACUCCACUUUUUUUUGAUGAGAGAAUCUACCUGCUCUAUCUUACAAUGCUUCCAGUACGAUUGUAUCGGAGAUCUGUUCUUCCCCACUUGAUCAAUGCCGCCCUUAGUCUUAUACCCAUCUUUUGGAAGUGGUGAGAAGCACACACCAUACAAGAUUGUAUUCUUAGAGUGCAGGAAAUCCACACUUGCAGCAGCAGACAACCAUCAACUCUAUACUGCCACAUGGUUUCACUGCAUUUGGUGGCUCUUGGAUUGGUUAGUGGUGUUUGGGGGAGGGGAUGGACAGGGACACUUUUCCAGUAAUCCUGUGGCUGCUGGUAGUGGAGCUCUGCCUGGUCUUUGCCCUCCUUUGACUGAUCCCCACACUUCAUUUCCACCUGAUUGACUCUUUCACUUCAUCUAACGUUCCUUUGCAUCUUCUACCUCUACCUUCUUCCUCUUUCCUGUAUGCUCUACCCUGGCUCUCUCACAACUGCUAUAUUUAAUCAUUUGAGGGCUAAGGAGAUUGUUUUUAAGCUGUGGACAACCACCUCCUACCAUUACACACACUAAAUUUGUUUGGUUUUUUUUCUGUUACUAUGGUUAUAACAUCCCUGACACUCUAAUAAUACACACAUCGUAUAUUCGCCUGUUCCUGUUUUUGAACACUGUGAAUAUCCUGUAUCGGUACUAAUGCUUGUUAAGUGUUCUAUUUUUCUUUUUCAAUAAAAGCUGAACUAUAUAAAAAAUUAAGUCAUAAAGGGUCAUCAACAGUCCAAGAUUUAGAAAUAUUUUCAAUUCAUUUUUCAGAAAAAUGACAAAAACUAAACUGUUUUUGUGCCUUGGGAACCACUAUUUGUGUAUUUUAAAGGAGCACUAUAGGGUCAGCAACACAAACAUGUAUUCCUGACCCUAUAGUGUUAAAAUCACCAUCUAACCCCCCUGUCCUCCCUAAAUAUAGUAAAAUCUCACUUGAAAUUGAAGUCUGUAGCUGCUGGCUCUGCCCCUGUCUUCCCUGACCUGCCUUUGUCUGCUGACAUCAGAAGUGGUGGUCUGAACCAAUCACAGUGCUUCCCAAUAGGAUUGGUUGAGACUGUCAAGCAGGCAGAUCAGGGGCAGAGCCAGCACAAGUGAAACACAGCCCUGGGCAAUUAGCAUCUCCUCAAAGAGAUGAAUUUAAUCAAUGCAUCUCUAUGAGGACAGUUUGGUUUCUGCAUGCAGCGGGUGGAGACACUGAAUGGCAGUGCUGCUUACUCUGCAGCACUGAGUUAGGUAGCACAUCCGGUAGCCAUCUAAGGAGUGGCCAGUGAAGUUAUCACUAGGCUUUAAUGUAAACAUUUAAUUUUUCUGAAAAGACUGUGUUUACAGCAAAAGGCUUGAAGGGAAUGAUUCUACUAACAAGACAAAUACAAUAAACUGUAGCUCUGGUGACUAUAGUGUCACUUUAAAAAAAAAUUCCCCACACACUACUCUAUUAUUACUAGAAGCUGCUGUGUGUAUGUGGUUAACAUAAUUGAACCCUUAAUUAGUCCUGUAACUUUGUGAUAUUUCUCUACUUCUAGGUUGUAAGCUUCUAUACAAGCAAGAUUUUGCAAGGCGACUAGGACUGAAGUGUGUAACUUGCAAUUACUGCUUUCAGAUGUGUAAAAGAGGGGCAACUAAAGAAUACGAUGGCAUGGUUAGAGAUUUCUGUAGUGAAGACUGCAGCAAAAAAUUUCAGGAAUGGUACUAUAAGGUAACGUAAAAAGAAAAGAAAAAAAAUUUACCAUCUGAAAUAAGCUUUUUGUUUAUCGAAGGAAAACAUAUGCUCCAGUAAAAUAUCCGCUAUUUAUUUUAUAGAUAGUUGUAUUUUGUAAAUGAGGUAAAAAUAAUUAUGGACUAUCCAGUGCCAUAAGUGUUUAGUCUGGAAGCCCCUUUUUGUGUAAGAAUGGAGUCCUCAUUCAUAAUGUGUAGAUGAAUACAUUUUGACUAGUUUCGCACUGCAGUUAGAGCUUAAAAACUAAAGUGCAGUAAUAGUUUAUGGUCUAAUAAGGAUAGCCAUUCUAUUAUGAAAAAAGUAACGUUUAGCUGUUAAGGGUAAUCCUGAACAAGGCUGUAACUGGAUUCAAGCUCUGGUUCCUGUCUUUUUUUUAAAAAUUUUUAUUUUAUAUAGGUUACAACAUAGGAACAGUGAUACAUUAGAUCUUUGAUAUACAGUUACUAUUAAUGUUGCUUUUAUCCUUUUUUAUUUUUCGUUCAUCUUUUUAUGGGCAGGCUGCAAGGUGUGAUUGUUGUAAAACUCAAGGAACCCUUCGGGAAAAAGUACAGUGGAGAGGAACCAUAAAAAACUUUUGUGACCAGCAGUGCUUAUUGCGUUUCUAUAGCCAGCAAAAUGAGCCCAACAUGUCGACUCAGAAAGGACCUGAAAACAUGCAUUAUGGUAAUUUACGUUUUUUUUUUCACUCUUGUUUUUAUUAGCCUAAUGUGCAGAUGUGUAUAGUUAAACAGAUGCACUAAAAUGUCUUGAUAUUUUUAAAACCUCAUUAUGGUCUAUUUCAACAUUCACUCAUAGUUUGUAAAUGAUCUAUGUAUUCAUAUUGAUUCACAGCUUGCACUACACAGUAGAUCAGAUACACUUUCUUCUCAGUAUCAACAUAUUUAGUUUUUGUUCUUCCUAAUUUUGGAUAUUGAAUGAUUGUGAGGAACUAGUGUAACGCAGUGAUGUGUAAUCUCGAUUCUCACUCAUCACAAUGUAUCAAUGUAGGAGAGCAUGCCAUUUUCAUCUUUAUAAUAGUAAAAGUGAUUGAAAUCUAACACCAACAGGAAUGGUUAAUAGAUGUUUGUAUGAAAUCCUCAUGCAAGCACACAUAAGUCUAAAUGCCAUGUUGACUAACUCUUAUUUAGAAAAUGAGAAUCUUUUUGCAUUUUCUAUCUUAUGAGGUUUUCCUGACCAGGAAAUGUUAACUACUUGUCCAGAAUAGAGAACUCCCGAUUUAUGGAAUAAACCUUAGUAUUAAUUUACUGGACUUUCCCUUUCUAAGGAUGAUCACCAAUAAAACAGUUGGUUCUCAAAUAUAAUUGAGUAUUAAACCACCAGACACCCCAGAGUGAGCAAAGAUUUAUAUUACUUAAUGGCUAAAUGCUUUUUUUUGUUUCCCUUUCUUAGCCGAUCAGGGUGUUCACACUACACGAACAAGAUCUCUGGUAAGUAAAACUAAUGCAUAAAACCAGAUCUAUCUGUGGUAACUAUUUUAUGUAUGUAUUUGUUUUUCCUAUAAUAUCAUGUACUCAUUUGGUAAUCGCUUUUUAGGCUUCCUUUUGCUGUUGUCAAUACACAUCAUACCUCCUGGCUCACAUUAUGAAUAUGUUACAUAUUGCUUUCUCACUAUUGUGAUCAUGUAAUAUAGGAUUUAAGGUGAUAACUAUGUGUGGUUUCUUUUUUGAUGUACAGGGAGCUGGUCCCUCCUCUGCACCUGCAAUGUCUAAGGACAUGAAGAAUAAAGCUGUUUUGUGUAAACCAUUAUCGAUGACCAAGGCUACCUACUGCAAACCUCACAUGCAGGGAAAGAUUUGCCAGACAGGUAUACAUUCAUGACCAUUUAUUUAGAUGUAUUACCAAGAGUACAAUAAAUUGUAGGAAAGCUUUAUGCUAUAGCUCAUACCAAUGUGCCACUAGCAAAGUGACACGCCAAAUUAAAGAUUACUCCUCCUAAGUAUGUUCCAAAUGACUCCUCUAAAUCCUUAAUUACUCUAAAAAUACAAAAUCUAAACAAAAACAGGAGCAAAAAAAAAAACAGCGAACAAAAACCAAACAUGCAAUUCUCAUGGGGUAGGAUCUAUUAAAAUAGUCACAAUGUUAUAAUAGCACAAUUCCUUAUGAAAUACCAAAGAAAUGUAUUAAGAAUAACUCAAAUAUAAAAUGAAAAGAGCAUAUAAUAUCAUCCAGACAAAAUAAUCUCAACCUUUCAGACAUUGACCAUUUUCUUUAUUUUUUCCUUUUCCUUUCUUUCCCCUACGGUAAACAUGCAUGUAUUUUUUUUUUUUCUGCUUGUUUUAUUUGGGGGUAUAUGAAAGAAGAAGAAUAAGUUUGCAAAUGCUGCAGACCUGCAGUUUUUACAAUUCCUAAUUUUUACUUUACCCUAGCACAGACAAUUAGUAAGUCCUAGUGAGUAAUCUAAACACUAAAGCCUUGAGCGGACAUACGCAGGUGAUCAUGGCCUUUCCGUGACUCUCAAUCAUGUAUUCCAUAUUAAAAACUAAUAAAUUAAAAAUAAAAUAAAAAUUAAAGGCAUAAAAAUUCUUUAGUGCAAAUAUAUUCAAUUAUAAAUACUAAUGUAAAAAUAAUGUGGGUGGAAAAAUACAGAUUGAAUUGCAGUUGUGUGUUAUUCUUAAUACAUUUGGCAUUUAUGCUAAAUUACACUUUUGUAAUCAUUUCUAACCUCCCACAUUGUAUUGAUAUCUUGUGGUCAGAGAAAAACGGAAGAAUAAGACACAAUACGAACCAUGGUGUUAUGCUUAUUGAUCAAAAUGCAUUUUAAAAUUCACUCACAAAUGGCAGUUCCCUACGAAUGUUGUAUAUUUGUUUUCUUUGUUUUUUUUUUUCUUAUAAGCCCACAUUUACGAGUAUGAGGUAUUUAAAUUUUUUAACCAAAUAGCCAACUAUGGGGGGAAAACCAGAACUCCACUAUCCUUCCAGCUCGUUUGACCUAACAUUUUAAAUUCCACUGUUAAUUUCUGACAGUUUUGUUUUCUGAAUAUCUAACUUUGUUGUCAUUGCACUGCAUGCCUCCUUUAGGUGAAUAAAGUCUUUUGUUUUUUUACAACAGAUAACACAAUGGCAGUAACUUCUUCGAUGGAAGAAUUGAACACAAAGUAUGUCCCAGUGCCUAUUCCUGUACCAGUGUACUUACCGGCUCCUAUGCAGCUCUACAGUCAGAACAUUCCGACUCCCACUGCUGUUCCUAUUCCUGUAUGUAUAAUUCAGGGUUAUAAUGUGCAUCUUUGAGCAAAACGUCUCCAGCAGUGAUCUAACCUUUAGUGUACUGUAAUGUUAUUCCACGUCCACUGCUGCUUGAGAAAAAGGAAAGAUCUACUUAUCAGUAGAUAUGUUUUAUUAAUAGUUGUUUUAGUAAGGAGUUGGUCAUUCUGUACUUGUAUUUAUAUUCAUUUUUGUUGAAUUAACACAAACAUAACAAGAUCAGACAAUCUCCUUAUACUACAGCAUAGUAUGUCAUUGGUUGCUGUGGGAGAGUUAACUAAAUAUAGGAAAAACAACCUUUGCUUAAUUUUCCAUCUGCAUUCCAUAAUUCAUCUCUGCACUUUUUUUAUUUAUUUAUUUUUAAUUAAAUGUUGACAAAUGUUUGCAGAAUGAAGUCUGGCAUCUUUUGAAGGAAAACUUUUUGAGGCUAGGAAAAUGGUAAAAAUGUCUACAUAGCUAUCAAUUUUAGUAAAAGGUAUUGAAUUUGUAAUUAUCGUAUGUAAAAAAAAAAAUCUUCUAAUUAAGAAUCUUUAUUUGUCCCAGGUCCCGAUUCCAAUUUUCCUGCCAGAUUCUCUUCUCCGUAAAGUCCAAAACGGUAAACUACCUGAAGAAUUCACAGGGAUCGCAGAAUUAGUGGCUAAGAGCACCUUAUGUGCAGAAGAAUCAAUGGAGACACUUCCUUUAGCUACAGAAGAAACAUUGGAAAAGGAUCAAUCUGCUCCCGAAGAAAUAUUAGAGGAGAAUUCCCUUCCCUCAGAGGAUAUGUUGGCGGAGGAUUCCCUUCCCUCAGAGGAUAUGUUGGCGGAGGAUUCCCUUCCCUCAGAGGAUGUGUUGGCGGGGGUUCCUCUUCCCUCAGAGGAUGUGUUGGCGGAGGAUCCCCUUCCCUCAGAGGAUGUGUUGGCAGAGAAUCCUCUUCCCUCAGAGGAUGUGUUGGCAGAGAAUCCUCUUCCCUCAGAGGAUGUGUUGGCAGAGAAUCCCCUUCCCUCAAUGGAUGUGUUGGCGGAGAGUCCCCUUCCCUCAGAGGAUGUGUUGGCGGAGAAUCCCCUUCCCUCGGAGGAUGUGUUGGCGGAGAAUCCCCUUCCCUCGGAGGAUGUGUUGGCGGAGAAUCCGCUUCCCUCGGAGGAUGUGUUGGCGGAGAAUCCGCUUCCCUCGGAGGAUGUGUUGGCGGAGAAUCCGCUUCCCUCGGAGGAUGUGUUGGCGGAGAAUCCGCUUCCCUCGGAGGAUGUGUUGGCGGAGAAUCCGCUUCCCUCGGAGGAUGUGUUGGCGGAGAAUCCGCUUCCCUCGGAGGAUGUGUUGGCGGAGAAUCCGCUUCCCUCGGAGGAUGUGUUGGCGGAGAAUCCGCUUCCCUCGGAGGAUGUGUUGGCGGAGAAUCCGCUUCCCUCGGAGGAUGUGUUGGCGGAGAAUCCGCUUCCCUCGGAGGAUGUGUUGGCGGAGAAUCCGCUUCCCUCGGAGGAUGUGUUGGCGGAGAAUCCGCUUCCCUCGGAGGAUGUGUUGGCGGAGAAUCCCUUUCCCUCGGAGGAUGUGUUGGAGGAGAAUCCCUUUCCCUCAGAGGAUGUGUUGGCGGAGAAUCCCCUUCCCUCAGAGGAUGUGUUGGAGGAGAAUCCCUUUCCCUCAGUGGAUGUGUUGGAGGAGAAUCCCCUUCCCUCAGAGGAUGUGUUGGAGGAGAAUCCCCUUCCCUCAGAGGAUGUGUUGAAGAUCCCUCUGUCUCCAGAGGAAAUAUUAGAUAAAAGUCCACUUCCUAUAGAUCUAGCACAUGAAGAGAGCCCCUUUCAUACAGUAGUGGUAUUGGAGAAGAGUCCCCUACCCAGAGAUGAAAUAAUGGAGAAAAGCCCCCUUCCUUCAGAGCACAUAUUGGUAGAAGGUCUCCUAUCUACAGAUGAAAUGCUAGAGAAAAGUCCAAUUCCUACAGAAGAAUUUUUAGAAAAGAGUGAUCUAGAUGAGGAAAGUGUUAAGAGUCCCUUAGCGCUCAGUGACAUAGACGAGUUGACUGUGAUCGAAGUAGAUCCUGAAGAUAAAGACAUCUGUGAAAAUAUUACCAGUAAGUGUGAUUAAGUAAUUCAAGCUGAAAGCGUGUUCUUUUUAGCUUAAUAUUUACUGAUUAUUUUUAAUUGCAGUUGAAGCAGUUUCACAGAUAUUGGACGUUGUCCCUUUUAAAAGCUGCCUUACAGAAGAGCAACUAGUGUUGCCAGAUGUACCUUAUGAUCCAGAGCUUGAUAUUGAAGUAGAUUUUCCAAGAGGUGUGUAUUUAUUUUAAUUUUUUUCCCAUGUGUUGGCAAAGUUAAUUGCUGGGAAAAUGUGCUUUGAGGUACAUCCAGCAGUGGGCAUCAGUUAAUAAUUGUACCUUUCUUAUCUUUGUGGAGUCUCACUACCUUAUGGUGGAUUUCAAUUCUAAAUGUUUGUGCUUGUUUCGAUCCUGUGCAGCUGCAGAAGAGCUUGAUACAGAAAAUGAAUUUCUGCUACCUCCUGUGUUUGGGGAAGAAUAUGAAGAUCAACCUAGACCUCGACCCUUUAAAAAGGUAUUUAUGUGAAAUGGUUCUUCUGGCUUAUGUACAGUGUUGUAAAGUACCCAUUCUAUCUGAAGCCUUAAAGAUAAGGAGCCUCACCUUUUAUGAUUUUACUAAACUUUUAUCUUGUCUAUUUUACAUCCUGUUAGUGUCCCCAAUAGGCAGGACUGAUCAUUUUUGCAUCAGUUUCUCCUUUUUUUUUUUUUAUAUUCUUUAUUUUUGUAAUGGCAGAUCGCACAGCAAAUUAAUAGUGUGUGGCUUGUGCAAAAGCCAUAUCAUAGUACAUACAUCGACAAUGUAGUACAGAGAGAAAAAAAGUUGCUGUUUUGUUAAGGCAUUUCUUCAUGUUGUGGUGAUCAACGUGGUCGCGAUCCGCCAGAGUUUAGUUUUUUUUAAUAGUUAUAGGUAAAAAAAUAAUAACAGAAAACAAAUAACUAUAGAAUUUAUUGUAUGUAACAUAAUAUGUAGUAGUGUUUGUCAAUGACAUUGGUAGUGUAUUGUUGUCAUCGGAUGUGUUAUGCAUGUGAGAUGUGAUCAGCAUCCGCUUGCAUUGGGUAGGUAAAGACCCAUGUAUAACAAUGAAAGUAAUAACCAUAUAAUCAGUGCUGCAUGUCACAAUGCCUUGUAAUACUGCAUGUCAUGAGUAUUUAACUACUUUACAACAUUUAAUACAUUUGCUCUAGAUAUGUAUUUCUAAUAGUAGUUUGCUCUUUAUUAUCCACAUUGCUUUGAUUGUUCUUCAACCAAUGGAUCUAUAUAUGUUGGUUUUUCCCUUUUCUCUUUCUCCCUCCUUGCCCUCCCUUCAGACUUUUUUGAAGUCAAUAACUACCAAAGAAAACAAAGUUACCUGCACUCUCUCCUUAAUCCCUAUGUAUAUUUAGACAAAUCGAGGACAUUUAGUUACUCCAAUGGCCAUUGGAGGGAAUGCCCGCCAACGUCAAGGCAGACCCCCUAAGCAGGUCCUACGCUGACCCUUCACCUUGCUUCCUUGAGCUUCUGGCAAAGAUAUCUCUGAGACACAGAGGGGUAUUUUUUAUAUACACCCCUAUAUACUUAUUAACCCUUAAUAGGGAAUACAUGGGAUGGGCGGCUGCAUUGUAACAAAGCUGUGUGAUACAAAAGUGAAUACAAAUACAAAAAGAUAAGUCCUGCGCGCACUCCCAUCACUCCUGGGCGGCAGCAAUUACUACAGUACACAUCGUGAACGUUGGCAGGCGGGCAUUCCCUCCAAUGGCCAUUGGAGUAACUAAAUGACCUCCAUUUGUCUAAAUAUACAUAGGGAUUAAGGAGAGAGCGCAGGUAACUUUGUUUUCUUUAGUUUUUAACUAUAUAUUGGGGCUGAUGUGUACUGUAGUCAUUGCUCCCGCCCAGGAGUGAUGGGCGUGAGCGCAGUACUUAUCUUUUUGUAUUUGUAUUUACAAUUACUGUCCACUAAACAUCCCUGUUCAUGCUUUUAAAAAAUAUUAUUUCUAAUGCAUUUUAGUAUAAUAUAUAAAAAAUAUUAUUUUAAUUUUUAAUUUUUUGAUUGUACUUUCCCUUUGCUUUUUAGGGUGCAAAGAGAAAGGCUCUUCUGGAUUGCCAAUCCCUUGAUGAUAGCCCUGAGAAUACAGACUCAGUUUUUCCUUUUAAAUAUUCUUAUGGUCUGAAUGCUUGGAAGCACUGGGCCAGAACACAUGCCAGUAACAGCGAUGAGAUGCUAGAGUUGGAAGAACCAAGCUGCAGUAAGCAUAUUCUCAUUUUCUUUAUAGCUUUAUGAUUAUAAUAUACUUUGAAUAUUGAGUUUUUAUAUAUUUAUUUACUUCUAAAGCUAAAUCUGUGAAGUUAAAAGAUCUUCUACAACACACUCCACGUGAACUCAGCUGUUUGCUGGCUUGUUUUGUCAACGAGGUCCGAAGACCAAAUGGAGAAAUCUAUGCACCGGACAGCAUUUAUUAUAUGUGUCUUGGAAUUCAGGAGGUUAGUGCUGCAGGCUAUUUCAGACAAAUGAAAGAACCAUGAAAUCUUUUAGAACAAUUGUCUAUUAAUGCUCCCUCCCCCUCCCCUCCCUCCCCAUGUGACCAUGGUAAUUUUUUUUAUUGUUACUGACCCAUUCUACUCUUGCUUGUCAGAAAUUAUUAUUAAUUUAUCUUAUGACCUACAGACGUAGCCAUCUUUUCAAACCAUUAUCAUGAUUUCAUGGUACAAACACAAAUCAAACUGGUUAAGGAUAGCUUUUUUUUUAUUUACAUUUUUUUUCUUUCUUUGCUGUAUACUUAUUAUAUUGUGAAACAUUUCUCUGACAACUGCAUAUAUUAUGUCUUAUAUUGUUGUUCUUUUUAGUUCUUGUCUUGCUGGAGAAAGGACAAUAUAUUUGUAGAUUCAGACUACCAGGAAUUUGGACAGGAAUUCAGUAAAAUCUUAAGAAGUUGGCAGCCUAGUAUUCUUCCUGAUGGUAAGAUAUUUUAUUUGAAGAUCUUCUGACCUCUACAUUUUUAGGAGCUUAUAAAAAUGCAACCUGACUUUUGUGGAAACAAAAUGCACAUACUUUUAUAUUCUAAAUGUCCUAAAUGCAGAAUAACCACCCUCACAUGUUCUAGUUUCUCAACUGUCCUAGAGAAUAAUUUCUUAUAUUUAUCUCCUCAUCAUUGUUUAUAAUGUAUUGCCAAAGUAGGUCUGCUCAGGCACCAAACAGUAGGCUUUCAGCAAUUUCUCAAGUGAUCUUUGGGUGGCAGAAGUGGGUCUCUCCUACUACAAUACUGAAUGAUGAUAAAGAUAUUAUAUUAUGAAAGCUUGUGACGCUGCAGGGGUGGAUAGGUUAUAUUAACCAUGCCAAAUGCAUUUUAAAAUCAGAUGUGACUGUAAAUAAUGCAUUGCUGUAAAUGAUCUAUUGUGAAGAGAACAAAUUAGCGAUGAGUUUCUGCCAUUUAUUUAAGUUUUUUGUUUGUUUUGUUUUUUAACCUAUUACAUGUCAUGCUUUGCGCAUGGGGCACAACAUGCAAGUCAACCCCUGCAGCGCCAUGCACAAGGCCGCGUACAUCAGUACUGAAAAAAAAAUCACACAAACAUCUUCGUGCAAAUAUGGUAUUUCUAUGUAGGUACCUGAGAAUAUCUGAGGCAUUAGUCACCUACAACGUGGAAUUUCAUGGGAGACAAGUGUUGGUUUUUUUUGUACUUCUCUUCAGUGCUGUAUUCACCACAGUAAAUGCUGCAAUAAUGUUUUUGGGCAUGAGGGAACUGUUAAGUUAUGGUUUUGCUUUAAAUGAACACUACCUUUAAAAAUAACUAUGUAGUUCUUAGGCCCCACUUAAAGGGGUCUUAUCGGCACCCAGACCACUUCAUCUCAUUGAAGUGGUCUGGGUGCAAUGUCCCUGUCUCCCUAACCAUGAGAAGCGAUCAAUCGGACAGCCACUAGAGGCACGUCCCGUUUCCUAGGCAACGGUUGGUGACCUAACUGACGCUGGAUGUAAUCAACCUCUGCAUGGGGACAUCCAGCAUCUUUAAAGUCCCCAUAGGAAACAACCUGCACAAACGUAUUAUAUACAAUGUGUUUCGCCGUGUUUGCCUCCUGUAUCAUGGUUGCCGUAAACUUAAGUACCCAGCGGCUACCAAGCGUCAGACCUGAUCUAGCUUGUUUAUUUACUUAUUUUAUUUAAUAAUCUUCAUGUCUGAUGUUUCUUAUUUUUGAAACUCCUGCCUUGUCUCUCAUGUAGACAUGUAUGUUAAAGCAUUCACUAUACUGCAAUAAUCUAUUGCAACGUAACCCCAAUUCACACACAUACUAAACUACAUACCAGUAACUCUUCAUUUAUGUUAAGCCUGUUUUUAUUGAGCUUGAUUAUAUUUAAAUGUGCUAAUGCUAAGCCUGUAUGAAACUAUAUGUAUGCUGUUGUGGCGUUUGACAAUGGCAUGUACCUACCUGCAGCACAAAAAAAAAAAAAUCCCCAUAGGAAAGCAUUGCAACACUGCUUUCCUAUGGGAAGGGCCUAAUGCGCUUGUAGCGUUCACCCAGUUGGGUGACGACGGAGGAGGCAGAGUGCCGAGGGACAAUGGCACUGAAAUCUGGUAAGUACAGUCAGGUUUUUUUUUUUUUUUUUUUAACUCUCACACUGCCUUUAAAGGGUCGGAGCCGAGGGAGCUAUAGUGCUAGGAAUAAAACCUUUUAAUGAAGUUAUGUUUGAGCAUUUUACUUGCCUUAUAUCCACUGCCACUCCUCCCCCUAGGUAAACAUUGGGAAGAUUCUAAAUUCAGUGUAUCUCUAUGGCGUGCGUUCAGCACAAAACAUUAGUCCUGCAAUCUUUGAGUGGUAUUAUACAGCAAUCUAAACACUGCCUUUUCUCAGAAUAGACCGCAUUUACACUGCGAGACUGCAAGGACAGUCUAUUUGCCCCAGAAACAUUAAGCUGCUGUGGUUUUGGUGCCUAUAGUGUCAUUUCUAGCAUGGUGGUCACGAUACAGUUUUGAAUUGAACAAAUACCAUUGACUCAUGCAGUUGUAGUACUAGUCACUGUACCGUUAGAAUUUGGAAAUAUUGAUAUGUCUUGCUUAUUUUUUUUAAAUAAAUGAUUUAGCACACAAAACAUCUGUGGGGUUAUAAAUUUUCUGACUCUGUUGUAGUGGCAACUGGUAUAGUUAAAUGAGUUUUUUUUAUUUGUCUUCCUAAUAAUUGUAUUGUGUCAUUUAUGCUCAUUUGAUUGGUAACAAUGUGUUUAUGGUCUUUUAGGGUCCAUAUUCUCACGGGUUGAGGAAGAUUAUAUGUGGCAAGUAAAUCAACUGGGAACUCAGUCACCCAUGUCCCUCAUUUUUACCCUGUUUUAUUUCAAUACAAAGUAUUUCAACCUGAAGACUGUAGAACAGCAUUUGAGACUUUCAUUUGGUUCUGUUUUGAGACAUUUGAAAAAUAACCCUCUAACUAAAGAAAACAAAGCUUGCCUUCAAUACCAAGUUUCAUCGCUCUGUGAGAAUGACAGCACAGGUAUGUUUGUUUCUACUCAUUUGCUGCCAGUCACUGUCUUUUUUGGGACUUUUGAUUUUCCUUGACCCAUAAUACAACAUUAUAUUUUGUGCCUUAAAGAUAAAAUUGCCUCCUGUAAAAGAAAACACGAGGAUGAUGAGCCAGUAUUUGAACAGAUUGAAAACACAGCUGAUCCAUCACGAUGCCCUGUGAAAAUAUUUGAGUACUAUUUAUCCAAAAGGUAACAAUAAGAAGCAAAUUAUUUUACAAAUACUAGUUUAAUUUUUUUUAUUGGGAUGGUGGUGGUGUGUUUUUUUUUUUUUUUAAAAAAGGGGUCCCAGAGGCAUCUGGAUUCUCUCGAUUGAUAUACUUGCUCAGAAUGUUCAAGGGUUGGCACAACCAACACAGUGCUCCUAGCCUGCUAUUUCCUUUUAAGUUAGAAAAACAUUGAUUGCAGGGAAAAUGUGAAUGGGAGUGAGUUGUUCUCAUUAAUUUCAAGAAAAUGGAAAUAGGAAUUUAUAAAAGAUAUGUCAGUCUCUCAAACUUGAAAUGUAUGCAUUCAGUGAGCCAAGCAAUUUGAGAAUUAUACAACAAAAUAGGGACUUUCACAAGGUAAGUGCGUAGGUGAAAAAAGUGCAUGUACUAGAUGGCACUUUCACCACUUCACAAGAUAAAGUGAUUUAGUGGAAAAAGGUGCAUAUAAUUUGAUACCCAACUUCCCUUAUAGCAAUGGAGUAUCCCGAAGAUCUCCUCAAAUCUUCAGUCAAUUCAAAUACAAUAGGAACAGUACAACAUUGGCCACACACUUUGGAGCCAAAUAUAGAGCCUUCACAUAAUAAGUUGGUGAAUUAUGACACCCUUUUAGAUACAUUUUAUUUUAGUGUAUUGGAAAUUGUGCUUUGCUAAAUAUUUUCUUAUGUAAAGUGCUGUCUUAUUUCUUCAGUGAAUGUGUGGCAAGCUUAUACAUCAUGUUGAGACUCUGACAUGGAAUCAAUAACAUUUUAUUUUCUUCUCGAAGUCCUCAGAAUCUCAAGCAAAGAAUGGAUCUUUUCUAUCUGAAACCAGAAAGCUCUGCUUCAACUGAAUCUCUUGUGUGGUACACCUCCUCUUCAUUGGAUCGCAACACCAUGGAAAACAUGCUUAUACGGGUUCUACUGAUAAAGGAUAUUUAUGAAAAAAAUUGUUAUGAACUGGAUGAAGAUACAGACUGAACUUUGCAGAUGGUUUAGCAGUCACAAAAAUGGAAACAGCAUUAGAUAGUCAAGCUGCUAGAACUAAUUACAGAAAUUUCCGAGUAACAAAAUUUCAUGUUUACUCCCCAUGUAUUUUAUGAGUUUUGUAGCAGAGUACCCAGUUUGGGUAUUGCAAUGUAAAUAUGUGUGUGACAUUUGCCAUUUUCCUUGUAGUGAAUUUUAGGAUACAAAACACACACGCACACAACUCAUUUUUUUAUUAUUUAUUUGAUUAGGUAUGUUUGUAACUUUUUACAUUACAAAAAUCUGAAUGAGAAUGUGCCAUGUGUAUUUUCCCAUAUUGUAGAAAUCAUUCUUCAUAUUGCACAAUUCUACUGUUGCAGAGCUUCCUUUUAAUGAAGCUUUUACCAGGUUCUUAAUUCAGAUUUGUGUCUGGGUAGCACUACCGAUAUUUAGAAGUAUGCUGUGUCUGAGGGUUUUUUGUUUUGUUUUUUUAUUAUUACAUCUGAACUAAUAGCGUUUGUUUUGGAAUAAAAAAACAAAAACAAUCUCUAUUAGUUUGAGAAAUAUUCCAUCUUCUGUACCAAAAAUUAGGCAAUUGAAAAAAAAAAUGCUGGUUAAUAUUUGUGUACUGUAACGUGAAGCUAUUCUUGUGAGAAUAUUUUUUUUUUCUCUCCCUUCCUUAUUCCCGCUACCCCAUUUUAAUUUACCCACUUUGAUUAAACCGUUACCAUGUCUUUCCUAAUUUGUGAUUCUUAUGCCCAACAAAUAAAACCUGUAUAUUUGUGUCAAUAGCAUAUAAGACAAAUAUUUUCUGCAUACCUAAACUACUGAUGCCCUUUUUUUUUUUUUUUUUUGCUUUUCGUUCUCCCAAGAUGGGUAAUAACUUUACCUACAUUUUGUUUGAUUUAAAUGAGUCGAUUAUAUUCCACCUAACUGCUUUUAAUGUUGAAAGUGCCCCUUGUACAAAUUCAAACUGUUUUACUGUUUGAUUGCCAAACGUUAAGGAAAUAUAUUUUCUCCUAUAAGAGAAGAGCAUGUUGUGUAAAGUGUUCUGAUUUUUGCAGACUCCUUGAUUCAAUUUUCCUUUGCACUGUUAGUUUGUGCUGUACUUCGCAGCAACAGCAUACUCAGGAAGUACUAGGAAAUAGAAUUAUUUUUUGUGCUUAUAAAUUCAGUCUCCCACCAAGUAGUAAUAGCUUAACAGUUUUAGUUCUGUUUGUCAUGAAAUCUCUUGCCAGCUGUUUAUGUACAGCCAGCAGCAAAUUACUUAUUGCUCAUUUCUAGGAUAUUUUGAAAAAUGUAGCUCAGUACCUGGCAAGGUCCGUGUUGGUUAUACCUGCAAUACUCAAACUUGCUCUAAAAUAUAGGAGAAACAUUCACAUUUGUACUAGCUUUUCUUUACAGUAAGAUUAUGAAGUAUUUUACACAGCAUACUUACUCAUACUUACAGAUUGUUUCAUUUUCUGCUCUUUCAGUGCCUCUUUGGAAGUGUUGAUUGUCUAAUCACUGAUUUACAAUCAGGCAAAAACAAGCAAUCUGAAUCAGCACAUGUUUAGAUUCCUGCCUUAACACUUGCAGUGCUAGAUACCAUACAUCUAUUCAGUUACAGAUAAAUAAGACUUUUAUGCAUUUGCUCUGUGAAGUAUUUUGUAAACUGUAGCUGUGUUAGAGAGGUUAUUAGCAUGUUUCUUUAAUGGUAGAAAUCCAGUUCUUACAUUAAACAAAGCUUAAUAUAACCUUUUUGUUUCUUUUGCCAUAUUUUAAAAUUGGGUACAUGGCCAUUUACCCCCAAGCGACGUGACAAGUAAUUGCAAGGCACAGAGCUGCAUCUCAAUUCAUCACAAUAUUUUCAUUUUUGGCAAGAUGGGCUUCUCAAGCUUGUACAUAUUGCCCUCCAUGCCCCAUGCGUUUGGGUUACUAUGAAUCUAAUGUAAGUUGUGACUUGUCAGUCUCAUUUCCUUUAAUCAUUUUAAACCUUUAUGAUUACAACUAUGCAAAAGCAAUAAAGUUCUGCUUCAAUGUA